AUGAAGGACUCUCCCCAAUCUGGAGGACCGAGGAAGAGCAUAGGCUCCUUGGAACAUCCAAUUCCAAAGUAAAGCGUCCACUGCCUCGUAUUCCGGAUCCGGUAUUCAGCUGAAAAACUCUGUAAUUGCCUGUUGGACGCAAAUUGUUCAACUGGAGAAGACCCCACAGAGUGCAGAAUAUUGAGACGUUCAGUCUCCAUCCAUUGACGUCCCUCAGUCUGCCCAUAGGUUGUCAAAUCCUGGUAAGCAUACUGCACAUAGAGUGGUGUUGCGAGGCAGGCAGAGUCGAUACAUGUCCAUUGUCGCCUCUGUGGAUUCCGAGGUCAUGCUCUGCCCAAGCGGCUUAGGUAUAGGACCACCGAUAUGCAGCCAUUCCAUGCCUGCAUAUGAAGUAAUCACCAAUGGAAUUCGGCCCUUCCUUCGGGCGCUACUGGUAUCCAAUGGCCGUAAGGGUGACCAGUCCGCAGAUAACGGGCUUACAGUCAGUGCAUAGUUUUGUAGUGUAGUAGACCUGGAAAAUCACUUGGAUGGAUGAGGACAGGAGUCCCACCACACAAGUCCGGAUUCGGAAAGGGAUGGAGUCCUUGUGCAGAGUACACCAGAUCUCAACGAAUGGCUUUGAUUUUAUUGUGUUAGGUAAAAGGACACAUUUUGUCAACUCGAUCUCGCUCUCCUUUGGCGAGCAGGACCCGGAUGCCUUUGUCAAUGAGAGGUGCGUGGGUUGCUGCCAUUCGUAACGGAUGAGGAUAUUCUACCAGCGAGGGUGGAGGGUGGAAUCCUAUAACGUAUUCUUGAUUGGUCCAUAGGAUCCAACCGUGUGUUGAAUGUGGUGAAGAGAUUCACAUGCUCAAGUUCAGCGAUAAAGGUUCCCUAGAUCCGAGAGCUCAUUGCCAAUUUCCUUGAAGAUCUUGGGUGUCGUGGUGCGCAUGGGUUGAAUGGGGGUAAAACCAGUGUGUCAAUGAAGACAUUUUCAUCAGUGUUUGUAAUCUUGUGACAACCCUUUCUCUGUGGGGGGUACUACGUUACAUAUUCCUUGAUGUAAUGAGAUGCAGUAGUUGGCAUAAUGUGCCCAUCGUCCCAUUGUGCCUGUUCGCCAUUCGUCCAGUUUUGCCAUAGUGCGUGAAUUGGGACAAAAGUCUUCCUCCUCGGAGCAUGGAACUGGAGGAGGGACUACAUUGUAUGAUUCGACACACUCAGGUCCCUUGAGUGGAGGCCUCCCUUUAAAUCUCAUGGUUACGAAGCCUGAGCCUUCCUAGUGUAUUUUUAGAAAGGGCCAUGGGUACCCUGGAUAUCUCAGAGCCCUCUGCUCCCACCACAUCUUGGCUGGCAGACGGGAGAUUUCUCAUGAUUUAGGUGGGAGGUUGCACUCUCUACAAAGCGCCAUCUUCACUGACGUUGCUACGGCAGCAUAUAACAUGUUGCGAGACUCUUGGGUUGGGGUUUGUGAUGGUUCAGGCAUCAUGCCCCUAGGUUUCUGUAAUGGCGGGAUGAGAUACACGUGAGUAAUAUGUGUGCACCUCUUAACAUUGCAGGGUGUCUGGUUCCCAGUGUAACUGGUGUACAUCCAGAAUUAAGUGCAAUAAUAAUAUUAUUAUGCACGGAGUGGUUGGAGUGCCAAAUGAGAGGAGGUCACCCUCUAAUGACCGGUGCCAUAGGUCAUGCAUUCACACCAGGGGGUAUCCCUUGGUUACAUUGGAGACAUUGACAGUCUCGUAAAUAAAUAGAGGGGUCACCCCCAUAUUGUCCCGUAGGAUGGGACGAGUACUAUGGAGGGGAACACCCUCGUAAAAACUGCCCGCCAACUGGGGCUUGUGGAUGUGUGGUACAUCCCAGUUAGAUAGCGGAGCUGUACCUUUGCAUCAAUUAACUUAUAUUUGCACACAUAUAAGUAAAGGCACUCUAGUAUGUGGGGGUUACCCCAUUAGCAGUAAGGGGGUCACCCUUAAUAUAAUGUGGCCACGGGUGGUUGGUAACAAUAUAAUGUGGGUAUUCCUGUCACUAGAGUACGUAAACACAUAAACUUAGGCUCUCCAGUACAUGGUAGGUCACCCCAGUUAGCAGUAAGGGGGUCACCCUUAAUACAAAGUAUUCACUGGUGGCUGGUAAUGUGUCAUAUGGUAUCCUUAAAUAUAUAUAUAGAACAUUGAAUUCUGUUUAAUGCAGUCCCAAAAUUGUCAUGGAAUAGAGAAGGGGGGGACCCCCACACAAAAUUAUAUAUAUAUAUAUAUAUAUAUAUAUAUAUAUAUAUAUAUAUAUAUAGGGCCUUGGUAAGGUGUGGGGGUCAUCCCUGCCAUAAGGGGAACCCCUAUAGAAUGUUCGCCCUGAAGAGUCUGUACAAGUCUCACCUGGGGGUCACCCAGCGUUGGGGGGUCUCCCCUGUAGAAUUCCUACCACCAAAAGGUCUGUUCAGUUCUCACUUGGGGGUCACCCAUUUCCUUCUUUUAAUUUUAUAGAUUUUUACAAUUGACAUAUACCCAACCCACUCUUACUUUAACUCAUGAUCAAAUACAUUAGAGAGGAUCUGAGGGUAUGAGUACUUAAAAAGAACACUUCAAGCAUCAUAGCCACUGCAGUGAACUGUAGUAUUUCUGGUGCCAGAAGUUGUCUGGCACCCCCUGAUAUAAGCAAAUAGAUUGCUUACCUGGGUAUGGCCAGGCACCGCUCCUUGCCUCUCUAGAGAGCCAGAAGCUCCAGGUAGGAACUUCUGUUAGCUCUCCUUAAUCCUGUAGUGUAGGAUCUGCUCAUUGUCUCACAGCCAAUUAUAGAACUACCAGGAUGACUCAUGCCAAGAGCUUUCAGCUCUCAUUGAGGCAGGAAGUGGCAUCCAGGAGACCUCAAAUUGUUUUAAAAUAAACUAUUUAGAUAACAAGUAUCAUAUUAUUGAAUAAAUUAAAAUUGUGACAAUUGUGUAUCUUUUAAAUAUUAUAUGAAGCUACAACAAAUCUAAUUACCUGCUUUGUUGAUAUUUAUCUUUUUAUCAUUUCUCUUUAGCUUAUCAGUUAAUUUUGUUCAUAUGAUGUGAAUACAAUCAAUGGAUAGCAAUUUGGUUGAAGUUUUGGUAUGGUAUGGCAUUAAAUAAACCCCACAGCAAUCUUAGAUGUUUGAUUAUUUAUUAUUUAGUCUUUUAUCAUUCUUGGGCCCAAGAUAGUAGUGUGGAUUUCAUAAAUAUUUUGAUAUAAUGAAAUUCUGCAGAUAAUGCAUGAUUUUUGCUUUGAAAACUUGUGUCCGUAUUCCAUAUAUCACGGGGUUGAUUAGAGGGGGGAACACUAAGAAGUUUAUAGAGAGUAAAAUAUGAGCAGUGAGAGGAAGUUGAUUACUCCCCAAUCUGUAACGAAUAAAAACAAAUAGAACCCCAACUAAAAAUAUUGAAAAACUGAGUAGAUGAGUCACCAGUGUGUGAAAAGCUUUCUGACGUUCGUGUCUUGACAUUGCCAAGCAGAUGAAGAAAAUUUUCAGAUAACAAUAAAUAAUAAUUACACAGGUAAAAUUUAAAAAUAACACCAAAGCGAUAGUCCCGUAGAUGUUAUUGACAGAAGAGUCUACACAGGAAAGAACAAAAAUGGACAUGUUGUCACAAAAUAUAUUUUUAAUUUGUGUCCCACAAAGGGGCAAUCUUGCUGACAGAAGAACUGUUGUCAACACUCCUGCAAAAGAAAAGAUCAAAAAUCCACCGAUCAACUUCAAAGCUUUGUCAUUUGUCAUUAACAUGGAAUAUUGGAGUGGAUGGCAGACAGCCAAAUACCUAUCAUAUGCCAUGAUAGUUAAAGUAGAUAUUUCAGAAGAAGCAAAAGCUGUGACGCAGAAUGAUUGGAUAAGGCAGGCUUCACGAGAAAUUGUCUUAGAUGAAGUAAGCAAAUCAAUAGCUAGCUUUGGAAGAAAAGAUGAACUCCCAAAAAGACCACUGAGAGUCAGGAUGCAUAUAAGAAUGUACAUGGGUUCCUGCAGGCUCUCUUCAUUUGCAAUUAUGAACACGACCAUGACAGUCAAGAGUACGGUAGUUAUAUAUAUGAUGAUAGAGGUUACACAGUAAAGAUAUUUUUGUUCUUCCAUUUCCACCAGUCCAAGGAGCCAAAGAACAGAACUGGAAUUUGACACACUUUCCAUCUUGAUUUUCUUUGCUGAAGUACGACAAUGAAAUUACUUCAUCAAGUUUCAUCGGUCCUAAGGGUUAAUCAUCCUAAUUUGCUUCUAUCACUAGUAGUUCAACCUGCAGAAUUCUCCUAAAAUGACCAUAAAAGAUGACCAAGUAUUGGAUAAUGCAUGACAAUGACUUUUUGACAUGUGACACAUUGGUUGCAUGAUACCUGUUAUUUGUUUUUUCUUGAUGAGAAUUAGAUUUACUGUUUAUAUACUAUGUUUGCAUUUAAUUACUGGCUAAAAAUAUUAAUUCUUCUGGGAAUUACCACAUCUCUUGAGAUAUUUUUCAUGUAGUAAAGCCAACAGGAAGAAUAAAAACAACUUAAUUUUCUAAAUACACAGGUGCAACAAACUGGAAUUAACUAGGACACAUCAAUUAAUUAGAUAUUUCGUUUUUUUCUGUAUUAACCUUUCCUACAACUACUGUCAUUUAAAAACCAAAAAAUAAAUAAAAUAAAAAAAAUAACCACUAAAUCUUCAGUGAAUACUAUUCUACCAGUUUACUUCUCUAAUACUUCCCUUACCUUUUGUGUAACUUUACCACACUCCAUGUAAGCUCAUGUGUCAGGAGGGGGCUGUGGCCCAACACGCAGAAUCAAGUCAACUAGAAAAACGUAUUACCGGGCCUUAGAAUGUAGAAAGAAUAGUCAGAAACAAGCUGAAGUCAGGGACACAGACAGGAGCAUAAAUGAGAAGACAAAGCCAAAGGGUCAGGGAUAACAGAAAUACGGAUAGUCAGAAUAAGCCAAGAUCAAAAAACAGGAAUAAUAUUACCAAACGCGCUCUCGGAUAACCAAAGAAGUGGAAACCAUGACAGGGCAAAGAAGAAAUAAAGAAAUGGGCUUAUAUAGCCCUUCCCUAUUAUUCAUUGGUGGACAGGGGUCACCUGACUCCAGAACGUGCACUCUUUGUGUGUUCACACCUGCACAUCUGCAUGACCUCUAACCCUGCUGGAGGCAUGGCUAUAUCUUAUGCUGCUUUUACAGCGGCCGGCGUCCAUAGGAACACCGCGCUUACUGGGGAUGGACGCGCUGGCGGAUUUGGCCGUAAUCCGUAAGUUUAGACUUUUUUUAAGUCACCGCACCAAUCGGGUGCUGUCACGUGGUGUCGUAGGUCGGGGGCUGUGACACUCUGUUACUGUGCUUCCAACUUGUCUGGUAAUAAUUAUAUGUUUGUUAGUCCAUUGUAAAGCGCUAUGGAAUUUGUUGGAGCUAAAUAAAUAUAAUAAUAAUAAUAAAACAGCAAUGCUUUUUUUCUGUUCUAUUUGAUGAAAUAGAAGACAAGCAAGUAGCAAUGAAAAAGGUAGCCUUCGGUUUCAAAUAGCCUUUACAAUGUUUAUUAGGCAACUAAAGGAAGUCAAUAUUCCUGCUACCCAAUGUGAUAGGGUUGCGUAUCUGUCAUUGAGCCUAUUUCAGCUCUCUGAUUUACUGACUUCACACAUGUUGAAAUUACAUUUCAAUAUGUUGAUUAAAAAUGUCCCCUUAUCCUAAUCUAUUAAAAUCUGGAUAAUCAUUUUACCUUUUUUCUCUAUAUCUUCGUGUGUGUCUGCACAUUAUUGUUAUCUAAUCAACUUCUGCUCAGCCUAACUUGCCUGCUGCUGCAGUUUCACAUAGAAUGUUCUCAAAAAAAAUCUAAAUGCAUCAUUUUAAAGAACAUUCCAUUUCCUUAAAUGUUAUACAUUUUUUAAAAGCGAAAUGUAAAAAGCAGUUCUUCCCUAAGCAGUGUUCUGUUAGAGGGGAUCUCUUUUCUAUGAGUUAAAGUGAUUCUGACAUGUUAGGCCUACCUUAAACUAAUGCAUAACUAUAAGCAAAAAAUAUUUAUCAUUACAGAAACACUUCAGUUCAAGCACCAUAACAAUUACAGCCAAUUGGAUGUUAAUCACAUAUUUCUUUUUUUAUAUUCUUUAUUUUUGUUGUGCAGAAGAAUACAAAGAUGCCUGUUAUGCCACAACAGCAGAAGCAGGCUCAGUUAUAUCAACAUAGUAAACAAUAGCAUAGCAUUUGAGAAUCAGCACAUUUUUGUAGGUGUAGGAAUAAACAGUGAUAUUCAGACGGUGAUUGCAUAGGAAAAAUAAAUCAUGCUGGCAACUAAGGUACGUACCACUUUAUAAGAUGUAUUACAGAGGAAUGCGUGGGAUACACACUACCACAUAAACAUUAACCGCAGGAGAGUGUCCCAUUGUGUGAGCGGGUAGGAAAUAAUGGUAGAUUUAUUCACCAGUCGUCAGACUGACUUGAGCAUCAUGGGAGAGGACCAAUGCUUCGAAGGUAUGGCAGUUUCAUCCAAUGCCCAGCCUGUACAGGAGUGUUAUAGUAGGAGAGGAUGCCUGUAUUUGGACACCGCACGUGCACUGGGGUAUAGCGCGAGCCCGCACCUGUUUUCCACCUACCCAGUCACCUAUGAUGUGGAAGUCCUUCUCCACAUGAGGUUUGAAGGGGAACCUAAUCAGCCGAAGUUCCCAACGGUGAGCAGGCCCCUUCAGGUGUGGAUGGUGUAAGUGGAGUUUCCUCCACCUGGCUUUUCUCCCAGGUGGGCCUUUUAGGAGUGUGUAUCUGGGUUGUGCAUAAGGUGCACCUGGUGUGGGUGUCCGAUACCGCCGAUUCUGCUGUCUCCCCUUCACCUGCUCCAGGUGAGUGAAUUGUGUCUUAAAAGAUGAUCUAUGUUGUAUCUUGGGCCAGAAUUCGGCAAACAGCCAGUCGAGCGCUUCUGAGAGAUGGUCUCGGAGAGGGCCUUGUGUUGGCACAUGGUACAUUAUUUACAUAAUUGUUGUCUGUAUUUAAGUACACAUUCAUAGGUGAAAUAGUCUAUUUACCCAGAUAUUGGAUCAUUUUUGUAUGCACCUUGGGAGUGACCCAAACUUGGAUAUUCUGCAUGUAACUUGUUCCUACUCACCUUAUCUAACACAUGUCUAAUUCUAUGUUGAAGAUACUUUGCUGCAUAAUCCAGUAGAGACCACUGCUGACCUUGGGUGACAAAGCUCAUUGGGAUUUAAGCACUUCCCCUCUAUUAUCCAUAAUAUAAUGAAACUCCAUUUAUAUUCUGUGUAUUUUAAAACUAAUUUACUAUUUUUACUACUUUAUAAUGUAUAUAUGAGAGUAAUUUGAAUUUGUAUCUGAAUCUUUUUGAGAUUCAAUCUCCACUCUCUCAUCCAUAUAGAAUCUGCGUCCUUAUUAAUGUUCAUCACAUGACUUUUACCCUUUUUCAGUUUCUUAUCACUUGUUCCCCGAAGAGAGAGGGCUCUUUUGUGUGAUAUAGGUGCUGCUUCUAGGACAGGAUAAAGACUAUCUUUCACAAGGGUUCUGACUGUUCAAGGUGAUAGGUGUUUAGAUACACUUGUGGCUUCCAUACCCUUCACAAGUGAAGGUUCCAAUUCAAAAUGAGACUCUUCAGACCAAGAACAAUCAUUAUCUGGUGUUAUUACUUCACAAUUGAAUGUCCCACUUCAAAGUCUGGCUCUUCAGACCAAGAUCAAUCAUUAUCUGAAGUUCUUACUUCUUCCAUAGGAAGAGCUUCAAGAGUAAAUAUGGCAUGAAAAAGUGACUUUGAUAAAUUAUUCAUCAUUGCCAAAAAACAUAGAUUUGAGCACAGAAUGUGACGGAAAUUAAACUAAAGGAGGGAAUUUUAUCAAUAGGCAUAUAUAUAUAAUAUAUAUAAUCAUAUAAUAAUAGAAAACUAUAAAGAGCCCAGUAUUACAGUGUAUAUCAUUUAUAUAAUCAAAUAAUACUGGAAAAUCUUUAAAAACAUAAUUCAGAUGGGAGAUAUAGUUUAGUGCAGUGUCAAAAUUUCCACUCGCCCCUAUAUAAUUGAAAAUUUAGCCCUGGCGAGUAGACAUUUACUCCUAUUGAAUGUGCCAUGGGCCCUCCAGGAUUGCAGUGGUGAGUACCUUUCAAAGCCUGGCUAGUAACAUAGGUCUAGUUUUAAAGGACCACUUUAGUGCUAGGAAAACAUACUCGUUUUCCUGGCACUAUAGUGCCCUGAGGGUGCCCCCACCCUCAAGGUCCCCCUCCUGCCCGGCUCUGGAAAGGGGAAAGGGGUUUAAACUUACCUUUUUCCAGCGCUGGGUGGAGAGCUCUCCUCCUUCUCUCCUCCUCCGUUCCACCCCGUCGGCUGAAUGCGCACGCGGGGCAAGAGCUGCGCGCGCAUUCAGCCGGUCGCAUAGGAAAGCAUUUACAAUGCUUUCCUAUGGACGCUGGCGUGCUCUCACUGUGAAAAUCACAGUGAGAAGCACGCAAGCGCCUCUAGUGGCUGUCAAUGAGACAGCCACUAGAGGAAUAGGGGGAAGGCUUAACCCAUUAAUAAACAUAGCAGUUUCUCUGAAACUGCUAUGUUUAUUAAAAAAUGGGUUAACCCUAGCUGGACCUGGCACCCAGACCACUUCAUUAAGCUAAAGUGGUCUGGGUGCCUAGAGUGGUCCUUUAAGCCCUGGUUUAGUGUGUUUUAUUAUUUGUUUUCUCCAAAUAUAAUUAAAGGGACACUGUAGGCACUAAAUUAGGUGGUCUGGAUGCCAUAUACUUCUUGUUUUAACCCUCCAAUGUAAAACAUUGCCAUUUUACAUAAAUGGAAAUGUUUACAUUGCUGGGUUUAAAUGUCUUUGGUAGUUGACACUCUGACAGCCGUAGAGAGCAUCUGAUUGACAAAGUGUGGUGUUUUCCCUUGCAUAGACACUAGUCUCCUAAUGCUUUCUUAUGGAAAAGCACUGGAUUGACUGAGAUCAUCGAUUAGAUCAUCUCAGUCAAGGACGUAUACCAGUCACUGAGAGAACAGCGCAGUGUGGGGGGAAAGGUAAAUUAACUUUCUUUUAACUUCUGUGAGAAGGAGGGGCAGUCACUGGAAUGUUGACUUGGACACUAUAGCAUUAGGAAUAUACAUUUGUAUUUCUAAUGCUAUACUGGCCUUUAAAUUCAAAUUUAACUAAUAUGUCAUAACUAAAAUAACCACUAGAUGGCAUUGCACAACAGGGAAAAGAACAAGAAAGAUACCUGCAAAUCAUUAACUUAACAUUAGACUUGAGCACAGUGCAAUCUGACCAAUAGAAAAACUGCUGCAAGAAGCGCAAACAGUAAAACAUGAGAAAAAAGCCAGCAAUGGGGAGGAAAGACAAUAUUGUCAUUCUGAGAGUAUGCCACAACAAAUAUGGCUGCUACUAUCCAAAUCUCACUGGCACACAUGGGCCCCCAAUAUGGCUGCCAUGCUCAAGAGAUCUUCUUAGAUGAGCUUAAAUGAUGGCUAGGAACAAAAAUAAAACGUCCUGCAUAUAAUUAGAGCCAAAAAAUAAAUAAAAAAACCUGUUACAAAUAUGGAACAUUUCUUAUUAGAAACUGUAAUAAAUAUAUGCAGAAAUUGGAAGAGAUGUUGUCAGAAUAGACUAGGAACUAAAACACACAGACCCACAACACAACAAAAUAGAGAGUAGCUGUCAGGUAUACUCUAUCAUCCAUACUGCCGCCGGAACCCACUUCCGGGUUCACGGCGCUUAGCCCCGCCCCUUUUCUCUGACGCGGUCCUUCCACGAUACUUAGGAAGACCGCGCCAGAUUCAAGGGGCUGGAUUAUUCACGCAGGUACGGCAUUGAGAUCAGCUGCUCUAUUGAAUGCUACCGGCUACACUCCUCUCUCGACCUCGGCUUGUAACCAGAUUUCAACCUUCCCCACUUCUCGACCUCGGCUUGGAAAACGGACUUCUACCUUCUCCACUCCCAGACCUCGGCUUGUAAAAAACGGACUUCCUUACUUUCCACUCCUAACGCUCAGCUUAUUCAUAGAGAGUCAUAAUCUCUCCUCCAUUGGGUGAAUUAACCCUUCCAAUACCAGAACUUCCUCUAAGUUAAGUAAUCCUUUUUCUCCAAGGAAACCAAUUCAUAUUAAUUAUUUUCACUUCAUUCCUCUCUUGUCAAUAAGGGAUUACUACUAAGUCUUAUUUCUCCUGCAAAUAUCAUUUAUUAUUAAUUGCAACCUGUCCAGCUUAUUUAUCAUUAUACUAAUAAAUCAUUCCAUCUUAAUUAAGUUGGAUCUAGCAUUGCUUUCCUUCCUGCAUGUGUAUUUAAAGAUACAGUCAAGCUUGUUUACUUCAAUAUAAAGGAGGUGUAAUUAUUGUUUCUGCAGUUGAGUUCCAAUUAAAGGGAUAUUACACAAUCCCAUCACAGUAGCCAUGUACCGGACCUUAGAGUGGCCGGAAUAACGGUGGACAGAUUAAUAGCCGAGGUCAAGGAUAGAAGACAACUGGAUAAACAGAGUACUAGCUAAAGUCAAAGGAGUACAGAGAUCAGGAUAAACAUUAAACAAGCUAAGUACUGGAUACCAGAAAUCAUGCGGUAUUGGGCUAACUAGAACCAAAACAGAGCAACAACAUAGAAACAUAGAAUGUGACGGCAGAUAAGAACCAUUCGGCACAUUUAGUCAGCCCAAUUUUCCAAAUACUUUCAUUAGUCCCUAGCCUUAUCGUAACUCUAGAAUAGCCUUAUGCCUAUUCAAUGCUUAAACUCCCUCACUGUGUUAACAUCUACCACUUCAGCUGGAAGGCAAUUAUUUGCGUCCACUACCCUCUCAGUAAUGUAAUACUUCCUGAUAUUUUUAAACGUGUGUCCUUCUUAUUUAAGACUAUGUCCUCUUGUUGUGGUACGUUUUCUUCUUUUAACAAGGUGAGUAUAAAUAGGCAGGGCUUAUUUCCUAGUGGUCAUGUCAUCUCAGAGUUCCACAUGAUUCCUGUGGUACAAAACCAUUGGGGGCUGAUACAGGAUGUCAUUGAAUCGUGCCAAAUUCGGUCCGGCAAAUGCAUCAUUGGGACCCAAUUUUGGUCUGGCAAAUGGAGUCUAUUAUUAGGUGGGGUCUAUUAGGUUGGAAGGACCUAGUAUUCCCCCCUUAGCCCCCAACCAUGAGUGGCUUUUAGAGGCUCUAAUUUUAAUCAUCCAUGAGUACCUGAAGUGGCAGACGUCAGCAAGCUAAUAUAACCCCCAAAAUUGUUCCAAUCCUAGUUCCAAUCCUAGAUGACUAGGGGUCCCCAGGUCGCUAGCUACACCCCCAAACAAAAUAACUCUACCUACACCCUAACUCUAAUAAUAGUGAGGGAGGACCAAUAACCUAAAAACCAGUAAAAAAGAGAAAUAAAAAUACAGAAUGAAGAGUAUUGCAAAAAAUUAAUACUGAAAAAAGCUGCAAUGCAAUAAAAAUAAUCCAAGUUAGAUAUUAAGGGUCCCGGCCAAUACUGAGCUUGAAUGGAGAAUAAAAAAACUUCCCCAUGCUAUGCAGUUUCACUCAGAGCGCUCUGAUUGGUUGCAUGUAAAUCAACCAAUCACAGCUCUGUGACAGGCAAGUCAGAAGGUUGUGAGAAGGUUCUGAUCUCCCCAUCCUGCAUCCAUCUGUGUUCCUAUGUUGACACAAAUAUGACUCUACAAACUCAGAGGGAAUAAUGGCGAAUCAAGUGCUUGCAUCCAUUAAAGAUGCUUCAGACCUUAUAUGUGUCAUAUUAAAGGACCACUCUAGGCACCCAGACCACUUCAGCUUAAUGAAGUGGUCUGGGUGCCAGGUCCAGCUAGGGUUAACCCAAUUUUUCAUAAACAUAGCAGUUUCAGAGAAACUGCUAUGUUUAUGAAUGGGUUAAGCCUUCCCCUAUUUCCUCUAGCUGCUGUCUCAUUGACAGCCGCUAGAGGCGCUUGCGUGCUUCUCACUGUGAUUUUCACAGUGAGAGCACGCCAGCGUCCAUAGGAAAGCAUUAUGAAUGUUUUCCUAUGUGACCGGCUGAAUGCGCGCGCAGCUCUUGCCGCGCGUGCGCAUUCAGCCGACGGGGAGGAGAAGAGGAGGAUCGGAGGAGGAGAGCUCUCCGCCCAGCGCUGGAAAAAGGUAAGUUUUUACCCCUUUCCCCCUUCCAGAGCCGGGCGGGAUGGGGACCCUGAGGGUGGGGGCACCCUCAGGGUACUAUAGUGCCAGGAAAACGAGUAUGUUUUCCUGGCACCAUAGUGGUCCUUUAACCCCAUUGGAAUUGAUCUUAUUUCCUUUUUAUGAGUAACUGUCUUUUUAAAAGGCUGAAGAUUAGCAUGCUCGUUUGUCACAUAUACAUAUUAGGAAAUGUACCAUUGCAAUGGAAGGUUUCUGCUCACACUCAAUAUUCUAAACUAGGAAGGCCCUGGAGGAAAAAAAGGGGGAAAAAAAGAAAACUGAAUAAGAUGUGAUUUGGUCUGGGGUAUUGACCGGAUAUAUGUAUGGACAUGGUAUGAGUACCAAUGUGUCUUCCUCAUCUGCUUAGUUUAUCUGAUAAUAAUUAUAAUCCUUAUAACAGUGAAAUUGCUCUUCACAGAGUUUUGAGGCAUAUUUGCACAAUUUCUUAAUUUUCAGUUCAUCUGUGUUCAAGACAUACCAGUUAUAUUUGUUUGCAUUUUUAUAUUAGCUGGCUUCUUUGGUCAUUAUUAGACACUUUAUUGUCAAUUACUAUGUACAGCUAUGGGAAGUAGCAGAUGACUUUAAAAAUUUUGUUUAAAAUAAUCAAGCUGGAAAAAAGAGUCCUGAAGUACCCAGGCACCAUCCCCCUAUUCAGGAUUUAACCAAUUUUAAUAUUUUACCCAGAAGCUCAUCCCCACCAUGCUUUUUGGUCUAAUGAGGAAGUAUUAGCCUGAGCACCAAUGGACAGCUUUCAGCUUAUCACAAUGCUUUCAGCCUAUCACGAGGCCCAUUCAGAUAGAAGAAAGUGACUAAUCUCUAUGCCUUGGCCAUACCUCCGAUGACCCUCAUUCAAGGUUAAACUGUUUUAAAAUGGUUUAAUUCUGAAUGAAAGGAGAGAUGAAAUGGUUAUAUUGGCUAAAGAGUACCUUUAAUUUAACAAAUUGGCUCCCACUUCACUUCACUUUCUGUUUUAAUUUUUCUUAGCAAACAUAAACCAUAAAACUAUUUUGUUCUAAUUACACUAUGAUGCAACACAAAUUAAACACUGACUUCUUUCUGGAGAAGAAAAAAAUGUCUUAAUGUCUUAAUUAGCUAAAUUGAUAUGUUGGGAAUACCAAGCGUUCUAAUGAUCUAAUGUCACUGUUUGCGCGAACAAUCUCUAACAAGUUCUGUCUUAUUGGACCCCCGAGAAAAUACCUGUUCUUUUUUUUAUUCCAAGUGAGAAUUCUACAGAGACUAUUUAACUCAGCCUUUUGUAAGCCUCUGAUGAUAUCCUCAUUAAUGAGUCUCUACAGCUUUACAACAAAAUAUCUUUCUGCUGAUUACUGUAUUUCAGAAAGUAAAUUAUUCAUUACAUAAUUAACAGUAGUAAUAUGGAGUGUUUAUGACAUUAUUACAACUUUUUGCUGUUCUUUCAUUUACAUCCAAAUAUUUUAGUAAUUAUAUUUCAGUGAUUUGUAUAAAAGGAGUUUAUCACGUAGAAAAUAAAAAUCCCAUGGCAGUAGUUUUUAUGCAAUCUUCAGAGUAAAUUGUCCUUUGAGCUCCCCUAUUUGCUCCAUAGUCAAUAAUGCUGAGAAGCACUGGUCAGUAACAGACCAUUAUCGUCAUAAUAAUCUGAUACUGACCAGUUUUCGGACCAUGUACAGUUGCUUGUGCCCACUCUUUUUCUAACAUAUGUUCUGGGUUGCUUUGCUAUCGUAUUUACCUAUACAUUACAAAGAUGGUCAGCCAUAGCAAAUCUACGUGAAUUGCCCUAAAAGUAUUCAGGGUGUGGAUUAAAAUUGGUGCUUUUGCAAAUCCCAUACAAAAAAUCCUAUUGUUAGUUUUAAUGAAAACAAGUGAACAGUAAAUAGCGAAUGUAUUCGGUUCGGAACUUUAUUAAAACCAGUGCUUUGUGAAUUAAUUCGCUAUUUAUCGUUCACUUGCUUCCAUGUAAAUGAACAAUAAUUUGUGGAAGAUUCACAGAGCACUGGUUUUAAUUAAGUUUGGAACUGAAUGCUAUCACUAUUACAUAGUUACAUAAUUACAGAGCUGAAAACAGACUUGCGGCCAAUCGAGUUCAACCUUCCUCACAUAUGUUUUUGCUGUUGAUCCAAAAGAAGGUAAAAAAAAAACCUAGUCUGAAGCGCUUCGAAUUUUGCAACAAACUAGGAAAUUAUUUAUGGACCCCAAAAUGACAGAUGUCUCAUUGAAUCAAGCAGCUAUUACACCACUAAUUAUAAAUUAUAUCCUUGUAUGUUAUGUUUUUGCAAGUAUUUAUCCAAUUGCUGUAUGGACUAUGAUAAAACCACCUCUUCAGGCAGAGAAUUCCAUAUCCCUAUAGUUCUUACUGUAAAAAAAAUAAAAAUAUUUGCCUUAGAUGAAAUCUCCUUUCUUCCAGCCUAUUAAUUGUUCACUUGCUUUCACGAAAAUGAACAAUACUUUUAAAUACUCUUUGCCCACUGGCAGCACAAGCAGCCAGCAGGAAAAUAGUUAAAUAAACCAUUGGCAAUAUGAGCGUUAAUUAUGUGGUGGCUGGCAAGCAUUUGCUAGUCAGCUACCUGUCAGACUUGGCUAGAGGAUCCUCAGCAAGGUGAGAGGUAGUGACCUAGCGAAGGUAAAGACAGAGGGAUAGGAAGAGGAGUAUCACCAGACAUUAGAGAGCUUAACAUAGAGCAGGAACUACGAAGUAACAGGACUAAACUAAGAAAAAGACUUCAGGCCAGAAGAGGAACAAAAAAUAAACACAAUAUUAGACUUAGGCAAGGGACAAGAGUACGAGAAAAAAAUUUCAGGAGCAAACCAGGGACUGGUAUACAGAAUGGGAAGUCAGACCAGGAACUGGUACACAAAUUAAGGCAGUUGACACACAGUCCAGGUCAAGUACACAAGGGCAGGAGAGCAGAAGGUAGUCAGGAAAGACACGUCAAAAUAACAGAAAAACAGAGUCCGAGCAAAAUAUCACAAUGGAUACCGGAAGGACAGUGGCACAACACGCAGUGUGCUGCAUCAGUUUUCUCAUACCACCAACAUUAAAAAAAAACGUAAAAACAAAACACAAACAAAUUAAUAAAUGAAAAGCUAUGGUCAAUGAGACUCCCAUAUCACUAUCAUUGAGGUUUCACACCUCUCUGUACCCCUAGGUGUGGGUGGGACAUGUCUACUAAAUAUAUGAAACUAGAAACUGGGCAGUGAAUCCUCUAGGCCUGAAUUUGAAGCAUUCAGUCUGGAUUUCAGCCAUCUGACUGAGUGUUUUUUUACCUAUUCAGUACAGGGCCAUUCAUCCAUUGUUUAGCGAAGAAGCCUGCACACUGUGCACUAAAAAAAAUACAAAAUAAAGAGUAUUCAAUUAAAAGUGCCCAAAUGAGUGCUGGGCCCUUGUGAUAAAACAAAGUGAAUGGGGAUUCUUACAUAUCUUCCAUAAACAAAAUGAAUAAGGGCCAUAGGCCGCUGAUAACCAAGGGUCUACUAAUAGGUCCCCUUUCCCUCUUUCUUGACUGCUGACUGCUUGACUGAGGCCCUAUUGUAGGCUGUGAUUUAUGGUGCAUAUUGGAAGGUUGGGGUGAAUGGCCAGGUCAAGUCUAGGAUCAUUUUAAGAAGUCUGUAUACAAGAUUUGGUACUGCUCCUCCUUUUUUCCUCUCUAUAGUUAUUAUUAUUAUUAUUAUGAUAUUUAUAGAGCGCUGUCAAAUUCUGCAGCGCUUUACAAUGGGUGGACGAACAGACACGUAUUUGUAACCAGACAAGUAGGACACACAGGAACAGAGGGGUUGAGGGCCCUGCUCAAUGAGCUUACAUGCUAGAGGGAGUGGGGUAAAAUGACACAAAAGGUAAGGAUAGUAUUAGACUAGUUACAGUUGCAGAAGAGGAAUCAGUCGGGAGCUAUUAACAGUUUAAUUGAUACGCUUUUAUGAAGAAGUGGGUUUUUAACGAUUUUUUUGAAGGAGAGGAGACUGGGUGAGCAUCUAACGGAGGAGGGAAGUGAGUUCCACAGUAAUGGUGCAGCCCUCGAGAAAUCUUGAAGGCGAGCAUCAGAGGUGGGAGUACGGACAGAAGAUAGACGUAAGUCUUCAGCAGAUCAUAAGGGCCUAGAUGGGACAUACUUGUGUAUAAGGGAGGUUAGAUAGGUGGGAGCAGCAUUAUGUAGAGAUUUGAAAGCAAGAACCAGAAUUUUAAAUUGAGCUCUAUAUUUUAUAGGAAGCCAAUGCAUGGGAGAUGCGGGCGGACAGGAAGAUGAGCCUCGCCGCCGCAUUCAUUAUGGACUGUAACGGCGCAAGUUGGGAGCACGUAACACCACUGAGAAGCGGAUUACAGUAGUCAAGGCGAGAAAGGACAGUAGAAUGGACCAACACCUUAGUCGCAUCUGGCGUUAAGUAGGGGCAGAUGUGCGCAAUGUUUUUUAGAUGGAUUGUUGAAUAGCUAGUGAAAUGAUCGAGUCACGUCAAACAACUAAACUAAUUUUACACAGCAUUUACUUAAUGAGUUUCUCUUACGUUUUGUGAAAACAUACCAUGUAUCUUUAAUUGUCAAUACCUGUAUGUUUAUGUAGGAAAGUGUGCAGGUAAUGAGAAAUGGUAGCUUUUAUAUCUUAAUAUUCUCUUUGCUUGCGAAGAUAACUAAUUAAGUGUUAUCUACUGGGAUGUUAACAGAUGGAACACUCAAGGGAACACACCAUCGAAAGACUAUUUAAACGUGUUUCAUGAAGCCUUUUGAAAUUAGAUCCUUGAUCAGAGGUAAAGUCUCAUUGGCUGAAAUAGAGUGAAAAACUAUCUUUAUUUGUAUACUUAUGCCUAUUGUCUCUUUCUCUCUCUCUCUCUCUCUCUCAUAUUUAUUGUCUCUUUCCACCUCUCAUUUCUCUCGUGUUAAGAAUUGAUACACUGUGUUAUUUACUAAACUCCAAAUUAUAGCAAAUUAACACCUGAAUAGAAAAACUGAGGCAAACAUAGCUUAUCUUGAAAAAAUCUCCAACUAUACUUUAAUCACAGCUUGGGCAUUUUAGUCUCAAUUUGCACAUGUUUAUUUUAAUUCAAUAUAAUUCUGAGCUUCUGAGUAACCCUGUAUAAUUACCAUUGUUAUAAAAAGAAUAAUAAUCAAAAUUAAUUAUAUAUUUUCACUAAAGCUAAAUAGAAUAAUCCAUUGCCUGUUUUGUGCACACUAUAUAAGCUUGGAAUGUUAUGAACAAAAAGUGUUGAUGACAUGAUUGUUAAUGAAUUAUUGAUCUGUAGACGAUUAUGUGUGCUAGACCAGUAUGAAUAGAUUUCACAUUUCACAUUUCACAAUAAAUUACUUUUAUUAAACAGGAUCUUAAUAUCAGUUUUCAAUAGAAAAGACAAGGAUGGAAAAUAACUCCAAUAAUGAGAAACUUGUGCUUCUCGGGAUGGAAGAAAUGGAAGGAUCUAAAUAUAUAUACAGUACCGUCUUUAUUGUUGCAUUUAUGUUUAUUGUCCUACUGAGUAUUAUGAUUAUUUCAGUGAUUUUGACUGAGGAAAGCCUCCAUGAGCCCAUGUACAUUCUCAUAUGUAACUUGACUUUUAAUGGACUUUUUGGAAGCUCAUCUUUUUUCCCAAAAUUAAUUGUUGAUCUUUUAGCUUCUUCUAAAACAGUCUCACGCAUUAACUGCCACGUCCAAGUUCUUUGUCUCAUGACUUUCACUUUCUUUGAAAUAUCAACGUUUACAAUCAUGGCUUACGACCAAUAUUUAGCUGUAUCGCACCCUCUCCAGUAUGUUAUGAUGAUGACCACUGAAAAAACAGUGAAACUCAUUGUUGGAGCUUUUAUCUUUUCUUUCACAUCCGUGCUGAUAUCUGUUCUUCUGUCUUCCAGACUCCCUCUUUGUGGAAAUGAAAUCAAAAAUAUAUUUUGUGACAAUAUGUCUUUUUUAAUUUUGUCAUGUGUUGAUUCUUCCAAAGAUAAUCUAUAUGCAGUCAUUGUUACAGUCAUUUUCUUAACAGUCACAACAUCAAUAAUUAUCUAUUCUUAUCUGCAGAUAUUUUAUGUUUGCAUAAAAUUGACCAAAUCUUCAUGUAAAAAAGCUUUGCACACACUGGUGACCCAUUUACUCAGCUUUUCCAUAUUUAUGGUGGGCGCUCUUUUCAUAUUUGUUCGACUUCGGCUCCAGCAUAGCAGCAAUCUUCCAGUUUUUGUUCACAUUUUGCUGUCUGUUAAUUUUGUAAUAUUUCCCCCCCUUCUCAACCCCCUGAUUUAUGGGAUAAGGACAAAGGCAUUAAGGAUUAAAUUGAUUUGUCUCCUAAAGAAAAUAUGGACACCUGUAUAAAAGGUGAAAGUGUCAAUUUCAUAAAAUUGAAAAUGUUAAUAAAAACAAAAAAACAACAAUUUGCAACUUCCUGAUACAUUUUACAUAUAUUUUGAACAAGUCCUGGGAGUGUUAUCUAUAUCUAUCUAUCUAUCUAUCUAUCUAUCUAUCUAUCUAUCUAUCAGUCUGUCUGUCUGCCUCUCUCUCUCUCUCUCUCUCUCUCUCUCUAUAUAUAUAUAUAAAUUUAAUAUUUUCCAUAAUAGUGUUUUUUUUUAAAGUAAAUAUAACUUGGUAGGUCAACCUGACAACCCAGGCAGUUCCCCUGCAGACAGUGAUGCAAACUGCUGAUCCAAGUACUGUGAUUGUGAUGUCAAUGCGAUCACAUGGAAUGAAUGGUCAGGAAUUGCUGCAGAGGGACUGCCUGGAUUGUCAGGCAGUCCCUCUAUCAUGACAGAUGUAAAAUAUCAGGGCUGGGGGGUAACCCUAACAGCAAUAAAGCUAUCCUUUUGUAGAGUGGCAUAGCACCGGAGUUAAGGGGUUAAUGAGACUACUGCAGCAUCAGCACUGGGGCCCACACACUUUGGGCCACUUGAUGGGUAUCAUUUCUUUAUUCCUGAACAGGGGCCUGGCCAGGUGCAGCGGCCCUUUCAGACUGUGAUCGGGGCCCCUGUAAUAUAGGCAAGCAGGGAGGAAGUAAAAACCUGUCACUUCCUCCCAGCUUCUUACUGAAUGCACCAAGUGGGAGAGCGGUAAGGAGGAUGUGGCGGCACAACAGUCAGCAGUGGAGAGAGAAGCAACCAGAAAGCAGCAACCCCAUCCAGCAGCAGGGCCACAAGCAAGACACCCUCCUGAGGACUAAAGGUAAGCUAAUAUCAGGGUGGCUGCACAUAUAAAACUUAUAAUGUGUCUGUCAAGGCAUAUGUGUAUCUAUGUGUCAGUGUGUGCAUGUAACAGUAUAUGUGUCUGUGUAUUUGUGUGUCAGUGUGUGCAUGUAUCAGUAUGUGUGUGUCUGUGUUUGUCUGUAUCUGUGUCCUUGUGUGCAUGUGUCAGUAUCCCCGUUUUGUGUAUCUGUGUCAGUGUGUGCAUGUAUUAUUAUUAAUAUUUAUAAAGUGCCAACAAGUUCCGUAGCGCUGUACAGUGGGUGGACUAACAGACAUGUUUUUGUAUCCAGACGAGUUGGACACACAGGAACAGAGGGGUUGAGGGCCCUGCUAAAAGAGCUUACAUGCUAGAGGGAGUGGGGUAAAAUGACACAAAAUGUAAGGAUAGGGUAGACAAGAAGGUUGCUAUGAUAGUAUUCAUUGAGGGCUUAGUGUUGUUUUGAUGACAGUUGCAGGAGAGAAAUCAGGGUGUGGGGAGAGAAAGCUGUUCUCAGUUCAAUUGAUAUGCUUUCCUAAAGAAGUACCUUUUCAAUAAUUUUUUGAAGGUGUUGAGACUGGGUUAAAGUCUAACAGAGAAGAGAAGGGUGUGAAGGUGAGCAUCAGAGGGUGGUGGCUUAGACAGGACAUAUUUGUGUAUUAGUGAGGAUAAAUAGGUUGUAGCAGCAUUGUGUAGAGAUUUACAUCGCUACACAAUGUUUAUAAGCUCUUCCCAUAGCUCCUGAGUAAAUUAAAGAUAUUGGCUAAAGCUCCUGAAAAACACCUUCAUGGGUGUUCUAUGCUGAAACCAGCCCAGGCUAAAUAGAUAGGGGGUUAGCCCAUGAUGAAGGUGCAGCUGUUUGCACCGAAACGCGUGUCAAGUAAUCUGUUCUAAUGUCAAUCUUUAAUUUCACGUUUGCCGAGCACCCAGAGAACUAUGCACGUAUUUGGAGAAGCCUUUUCUUUUUCUGUUACUUUAGGUAGACCUUUAUAGAGGGCAUCUAUUUAGCUUGGGCUGGGUUCAGCAUAGAACACCCAUGAAGAUGUUUUUCAGGAGAUUUAGCCAAUAUCUUUAAUUUACUCAGGAGCUAUGGGAAAUAGCUUAUAAACUUUGAUGCAACUCUAGCAUAGAACACCCACGAAGGUGUUGCUCUAGGAGACAUAGUACAUUUCCUUAAGCUUUCUUAUGUGAGAAAGAGCCUACAAUUUUAUAAAUCUCUCUAGCUCUAUGAUACAACCUAUGAUUGCUGGCCAUCUGUAAAGGAGACAUGUUGAUUUAUGUCCCUCUAGUGAUCACAAGUGUUGAUAGAUCUCAUCAAGUCUUGCUCUGCCUUACCCCAUAUAUCACUCCAUUUUUGAAUUUUUCCCUGAUAGCACAAUCAUUGCCCUCUAUUUUUAUUGAAGUGGUUCUAUGAUACAACUACCAGUUCACUGUUUAUUGAACCUUCCCCUCACCAGCCUUUAUAUAUACCCAGCUGCUUUCUAAGAUUGAAUAUAUGGCUAGGAACUGGUGUAUUUAUACAUAGCAACUAUCUUUGUUCCCCAGUCUCGUUCAUUUGUAUCCAUUUGUUUCCCCUUUCUUUCUAACCCAAUAAAGUUUUUAAAUUUAUUGGAUACAUCUCAAUUUGAUACGGACUGUGUGAAUUAGCUUUUAUGGUCUACCAGAGCUGCAGAGACAAUUCACUUAGCUGUAAAUAAUUUAUUUAUUCAUUUGCUUAUUUCAUGUUUCGAUUUCUUUAAAAUACCAGUAUAUCUAGCACUCUCUGGGGUGUAUUUUACUUACCUCUCAUUUGUGUAAAGAUUUGUAAGCAAGUAUCAGGAUCUUAAAUUGAGUCCUAUAUCUUACUGGAAGCCAAUGUAGGGACUGACAGAGGGUGGAGGUGUGGGAGGCGUGGGAGGUGCAGGUGGACAGGAAGAUGACACUCACCGCCGCAUUCAUUAUAAAUUGUAAUGGGACAAGUUGGGAACAUGCAAGACCACUGAGAAGCAGAUUACAGUAGUCAAGACGAGAGAGGCAGCGGAAGUGUAUAAGCAUGUGUGUUUCUGUGUGUCAGUGUGUACACAUGUCAGUAUGUGUGUCUGUGUUUACCUGUGUCAGCGUAUACAUGUGUCAGCAUGUGUGUGUGUGUGUGUCAGUGUGGGCAUAUUUCAGGGUGUGUGUAUCUGUGUGUGUCACUAUGUGUGUUUGUCUGUGUGUAUCUGUGUGUCAGUAUAUGUGUCUUUGUGUGUGUGUGUGUGUGUGUGUGUCUGUGUCAGUGUGUGCAUAUAUCAGCAUGCGUGUGUAUCUAUGUGUCAGUGUGCCUGUGUCUGUGUAUCUGUGUGUCAGUGUGUGAGUUUAUCAGUAUGUUCAUCUGUGUAUGUGUGUUUAUCUGUGUUUAAGUGUGUGCAUGUGUCAGUAUGUGUGUCUGUGUGUGUAUAUCUGUAUGUUAGAGUGUUCAUCUGUAUGUGCAUAUGUCAGUGAAUGUGUCAGGGUGUGAGUGUAUCUGUGUUAGGUUCCAGGAACCAGCCAGAGACAGAACGUAGAUGCAAAACACCUUUAUAUAAAUAGCAAAUAAAGAAAUAACCAAAAGCAAAGUCCAGGAGGAAAGCAGGGAUCAGGUACCAGAGCAGGUAGUCAGGCGAGCCAGUAUCAGGAGAACGGAGAGCAGUGAAGUCAGGAACAAGGCCAGAGUCAGGAACCAGGAACACACAGGAACAAGGAGUCUUCUGGGAAACAGGAAACCACAAAAGGGCAAGGAGGUACUGGGACCUGCUGCUUAGAUAUGCUGCACUGAUUAGCAGCAGGGCUGGUUGCUACAAUCAGGUGAGUAACUGAGGCAACAUUAAUGAAGGAGCUGAUCGUUAAAAUCAGCUGAAAACUCAGACUCAGAAAAAGGAAGGGUUGCGGUUUAAAACAGCAAAGAAACAUUGACAGUCUGUGGAUCUGUAUGUGUCAGUGUGUGCAUUUGUCAGUAUGUGCACAUAAUUAUGUGUGUCAGUGUGUGCAUGUGUCAGUUUAUGUGUCUCUGUGGGUGUAUCUAUAUGUUAGGGUGUGCAUCUGUGUUUGUAUAUGUCAGUGUGUGUGUCAGGGUGUUUGCAUGUGUCUUUGUAUAUUUGUGUCAGGGUGUGCACAUGUCAAUGUGUGUAUGUGUCAGUAUAUUUAUGAAGUAGUAUAUAUGGGUCAGUGUGUUUAUAUGUGUGUAUUGAUGUGUUAAUAUGUAUGUAUCUAUCUAUGUAUGUGGCAGUGUAUAUGGGUCAGUGUGUUUAUAUGUGUGAAUUGAUGAAUUGAUGUGUUAAUAUGUAUGUAUAUCUGUGUAAGUAUGUUUGUAUCUAUGUAUGUAUGUGGCAGUGUAUAUGUGUAUAUGCAUACAUCCAAGAAAUCAAACACCAACACACCAUGCAAGCACACUGGAAGUCCGAAAACUAACACAACGUUUACAUGCAAACACACCCAUGCAUUUAACUCCAACAUUAUAUACAAACACACUUCUUCACUCAAACACCAAUACUACACACACAUGUACAUUUGCAUUUAAAAGCCAACAUUGCAUCCAAACACAUCCCUGCAAUCAAACACAAACAUUACAUACAAACACACCCCUGCAAUCAAACACAAACAUUACAUACAAACACACCCCUGCAAUCAAACACAAACAAAACGAGCACUCCGAUCAUAUUUUCAACUAACACUUCUGCAUUAGUCACGUGCUCCGCUUGGGUUCCACUCUGUGCACCUCCAAUAUGGCCGUGCGUUCCACACGGCGAAGACAAACAAAAUCUCCUAGUCUCCCCCUCUGGUUGCCGAGGGAAAUUGACUGCAAGUAUGGGCAAAUGGUAGAACCCAAGCUGGCAUAGCAUUGUGGGAGUUAUACAACAUAUUUAUUUAUUUAUUAUUGCUAUUUAUAAAGCGCACACAGAUUCCACAGCGCUGUACAAUUAGUUGAGAAACGUUCAAUAUACACAAACAAAUACAAGAGGUAAGAGAGCCCUGCCCAUAAGCUGAUAUCUAGCCAUUGGAGCUCUUUUAUACAAAGUGCUUAGCUAGAUGGCCCGUGAGCUUACAAUCUAACAUAUGGGGCCAUUCUGCGCUUGGCGACUGCCCAAAAAACGUUAUGUAGAGAGGGCCCUGCUUCAAUAAGUUCCACUGGGUUUAUAAAUGAGAUUGAUGUAACAUAGCAAAAAAGGAAACAUUUUCAGAUGUCAGUACAAUUGCCAUUCUUCUGAUAUCAUUCAUUUCCAAUGGUAGCUGAAUUUCCACUUUUCUUCUUUGAUUUCUCUCUCGGUUUUCAAAUGCUCUUGUAACAAUCAUUUCUUUAAAGACACUUACAAAUCUUUCAACAAAGCCCAAGUUUUGUCAUACAUUAUCUAGAAUUAUUUGACAUAUUUUUCCUCUUGUCAUCUGUAGUACAGGGCUGCUAUAUCCCCUUAUCUGCACCUUGUGUCUCCAUCCAUAUAUCUUCUAGGAUAGAAGAUGCCAGGUAAACAAAAAGCUUUGGACUAAAUUAUCAUAGUUUUGUUUUAUGUAUUAUGUUCCAUACUAGUCUGAUUUUUGUUUGUUGCUUUCUGUUUUUUUAUACACUAGAUCAGAUAAUCAGCACUAUAUUUGCAUUUUUUCCUGCUUAUGUUUUAUAAUUUCUGGUUUAUUCUGCUCCAUACCCACCAUCAAUUAAGAAUAUCUUUCUGAUGGAGAGACCCAAGAGGGAGCCUGUCAUGGUGGAUACCUAAUAAUUAUAAAGAAAUGAGCAGAGUCACAAGCAAUGUUGAAAACCAGUUGAAAUAUAUAUAUUUAUUUAUCAGUUUGGUACUAUUGGUUGUCCAGAGAAAAUUCCAUGCAUACAGCUAUUAUUGUCAGGCAUGUUUCUCCCCAAGUAUUUAAAGCCAAAAGCAGUGGCAAUCUAAUUACCAAAAUUAAGCAACAAAUUAGUAUUCUCUUGAAAAAUACGAGAGUGUGCUACCUGGUGAUAUUUAAUGGAUGAUCAGGGGUAUAACAAACCAAAAACUCAAGUGACUAAAUAAGUAUGUGUGAAUACACUUCAAAUCAUAUCUUUAAUUAAAAAAGGAAAUGGUCAAAGCCUCCACAUUCCCUUGCACUGCAAUUGAUAUGAGGGUGACUGUGUACUAUUUAAGUUUAGGUGCAAAUAUUUCAAAUAAAAUUAUUAGAGUUAAUGCGGCAGAGUAACCAAACAUUAUAAAGUGUGUAACCACACAUUAUAAACCACAUUAUUGGAUAAAACACUCGUACAGUGCCAGUAUUGAUACUGGACUUCAUACACCUUCCUGCCUAUAUAUUUUGUAAAUAAAAACGAAUACAUGAUUGCUAUUCCGUUCUACGCAUGUCACGGAUCACCAGGGACCAUAGGGAAUCGGUAUACUAAGCAUUGGCACUUAUCCUUUAAUAUGUGACAAGACUGUGAGAACAAGUCCAAAUCUUCUUCAAUGGACUGACGUUAUGCCAUAGAGCCAGGCACCAUGACCACGUCAAGUUAAUUGGAUCUAGUGUCUGGUUUAAAAUCAAGCCUUUUGCAUCCAAAUCCUUUACAAAGCAAUAAUAUUAAACAAAUAUUUGAGGAAAGGGAUCUAGGGGUGAUUAUUUCUGAUGACUUAAAGGUAGGCAGACAAUGUAAUAGUCAAAAAUACAAGAACAGAGUUCCAACGUGUGACCCAAAUAUAUGCCAAAUCACUCUAAAAACACCCGUGUGGUAACCUCUCUAUCCACACAACAAAUAACAUAAAAUCAUAUACAUACAAAUGGGUGGAAUGAUGCAAUUCAGGGUAAAAGAUGGUAUCAUGUAGGCAAAUGGAGUAACUGUGGAGAUAAAAUCAUAUACAAGCACCUAGUGCAAUAAUGUACAGUACAAUAUAUGCAAACAGUAAAUAUGUGAUUUAGUACUCACAAAGGAGGAGCCAAUAAGUAAUGGAUCAAUAAGAGUGCCUGUGGGAUGAUUGGAAGGGAUCCCACUCCCUUUCUGGAUAUCUUUCUGGAUAUAAAUGAUCUUCCAGUGGUGCUAAAAGAAAUGUCCACUCCAAUAGAAUAUUGGGGACUAAAUUCUUUUAAUAGUAAGUAAUAAAAAAGUAAAAUACAAUUAUUUAAAAGUAAGUAAGAACUUAACACAGCACUAUGAUAAGUGCAUAUAGAGUCCAAACAAAUUGCAAAACGCGUUUCGCCCAGAUCAUGGGCUUCCUCAGUUGCUAGUAAUGUCCAUAGAACAGUAUGGAUUUAUACCUGUCCAGGAGAAUCAUUGUUUCCGGGUUCGCGCCGUUUUUUCACUUCCGGUCGCGUCCUGAUGAUGUAUUUCCGGUCCGCAGGUUGUUAGCUGGGUCGUUGUUGGAACGCAUAUGCGUUCCACACAUUCAACGAACUUUACUCUCUAAUCAAAUAACAAAAGUCGCAUCCUGAUGAUGUAUUUCCGGUCCGCGGGUCGUUGUUGGAACGCAUAUGCGUUCCACACAUUCAACAAACUUUACUCUUUAAUCAAAUAACGAAAGUCCAUAUCUGUACAGGCUCUGUUUUUUCCUUGAGCCAUAGACAAUAUAAAUGCUGAUAGAUACAUUUGGUAUAGGGUAAAAGAAGUAAAGGAACCUCCAUAUUUAAUAAAAGGGAAUCUUAUAAGUCUUAUAAAAAAUCAUAUCAUAUAAAAAUGGUAUAUAGAAUUAUGUAUAAAAUUAACACAUAGAUAGAUAAAAAAUAAAAAAUACCAUAAUACAAACAAGACGAAAAUGACACAUAUAAAAACAUAUAUGUACAUUCAGUCAUCUAUUAUAAUUAAGUUAAAAAAAAAAUAAAAAAAAAUAAUGUUUUUUAUAAAAAGUGGCAGAUUUCAAAAUCAGAGUUAAGACCAUUGGGUAUAAGAGUAUUAAAAUUAAAAAUAAAUUUCAUUUCUUCUUUACCCAGCUUAUUAAUAUAGUUUCCUCCUCUCCAAUCCCUCUGAACUAAUUUUAUUGCACAAAAAAAUAGACCCGUAGGGUCUUGAUGGUGUUGGGUUUUAAAGUGUUGGGAGACAGAAUGUGUGUCAAGACCCUUUUUAAUAUUACGGAUAUGUUCCGCAAUCCUUACAUUUAAAGGUCGUAUAGUUCUCCCUAUGUAGAGGAGAUUGCAUGGACAUUUCAGGACAUAAAUAAUUCCCUUAGAGUGACAGGUAAGGUGAUCUCUUAUUUUGUAUGACCGUCCUAUUAUGUCACUUAUGUCCACGAAAUGUCUUUUUUUAUUAUUCGUACCUCUGCAGGGUAGGCAUUCCCCACAACCAUAAAAACCUAUCAAAUUCUCAAUGAAAUGCUUAGGUUUAGUUGUUUCUAGGUUACUUUUAACUAACAUAUUUCUAAGGUUAUUUGUGCCUCUAUAGAUCAUUCUUGGCUUGGGAGGUAAAAUGUCUUUCAAUACAGGGUGCCUACCCUGCAGAGGUACGAAUAAUAAAAAAAGACAUUUCGUGGACAUAAGUGACAUAAUAGGACGGUCAUACAAAAUAAGAGAUCACCUUACCUGUCACUCUAAGGGAAUUAUUUAUGUCCUGAAAUGUCCAUGCAAUCUCCUCUACAUAGGGAGAACUAUACGACCUUUAAAUGUAAGGAUUGCGGAACAUGUCCGUAAUAUUAAAAAGGGUCUUGACACACAUUCUGUCUCCCAACACUUUAAAACCCAACACCAUCAAGACCCUACGGGUCUAUUUUUUUGUGCAAUAAAAUUAGUUCAGAGGGAUUGGAGAGGAGGAAACUAUAUUAACAAGCUGGGUAAAGAAGAAAUUAAAUUUAUUUUUAAUUUUAAUACUCUUAUACCCAAUGGUCUUAACUCUGAUUUUGAAAUCUGCCACUUUUUAUAAAAAACAUUAUUUUUUAUUUUAUUUUUUUUUUAACUUAAUUAUAAUAGAUGACUGAAUGUACAUAUAUGUUUUUAUAUGUGUCAUUUUCGUCUUGUUUGUAUUAUGGUAUUUUUUAUUUUUUAUCUAUCUAUGUGUUAAUUUUAUACAUAAUUCUAUAUACCAUUUUUAUAUGAUAUGAUUUUUUAUAAGACUUAUAAGAUUCCCUUUUAUUAAAUAUGGAGGUUCCUUUACUUCUUUUACCCUAUACCAAAUGUAUCUAUCAGCAUUUAUAUUGUCUAUGGCUCAAGGAAAAAACAGAGCCUGUACAGAUAUGGACUUUCGUUAUUUGAUUAAAGAGUAAAGUUUGUUGAAUGUGUGGAACGCAUAUGCGUUCCAACAACGACCCGCGGACCGGAAAUACAUCAUCAGGACGCGACUUUUGUUAUUUGAUUAGAGAGUAAAGUUCGUUGAAUUUGUGGAACGCAUAUGCGUUCCAACAACCACCCAGCUAACAACCUGCGGACCGGAAAUACAUCAUCAGGACGCGACCGGAAGUGAAAAAACGGCGCGAACCCAGAAACAAUGAUUCUCCUGGACAGGUAUAAAUCCAUACUGUUUUAUGGACAUUACUAGCAACUGAGGAAGCCCAUGAUCUGGGCGAAACGCGUUUUGCAAUUUGUUUGGACUCUAUAUGCACUUAUCAUAGUGCUGUGUUAAGUUCUUACUUACUUUUAAAUAAUUGUAUUUUACUUUUUUAUUACUUACUAUUAAAAGAAUUUAGUCCCCAAUAUUCUAUUGGAGUGGACAUUUCUUUUAGCACCACUGGAAGAUCAUUUAUAUCCAGAAAGAUAUCCAGAAAGGGAGUGGGAUCCCUUCCAAUCAUCCCACAGGCACUCUUAUUGAUCCAUUACUUAUUGGCUCCUCCUUUGUGAGUACUAAAUCACAUAUUUACUGUUUGCAUAUAUUGUACUGUACAUUAUUGCACUAGGUGCUUGUAUAUGAUUUUAUCUCCACAGUUACUCCAUUUACCUACAUGAUACCAUCUUUUACCCUGAAUUGCAUCAUUCCACCCAUUUGUAUGUAGACAAUGUAAUAGAGCAGCAGGAAAUGCUAGCAGAAUGCUUGGUUGUAUAGGGAGAGGUAUUAGCAGUAGAAAGAGGGAAGUGCUCAUGCCAUUGUACAGAACACUGGUGAGACCUCACUUGGAGUAUUGUACACAGUACUGGAGACCGUAUCUUCAGAAGGAUAUUGAUACCUUAGAGAGGGUUCAGAGAAGGGCUACUAAACUGGUUCAUGGAUUGCGGGAUAAAACUUACCAGGAAAGGUUAAAGGAUCUUAACAUGUAUAGCUUGGAGGAAAGACGAGACGGGGGCAUAUGAUAGAAACAUUUAAAUAUAUAAAGGGAAUCAGCACAGUAAAGGAUGAGACUAUAUUUAAAAGAAGAAAAACUACCACAACAAGAGGACAUAGUCUUAAAUUAGAAGGACAAUGUUUAAAAAUAAUAUCAGGAAGUAUUAAUUUACUGAAAGGGUAGUGGAUGCAUGGAAUAGCCUUCCAGCUGAAGUAGUAGAGGUUAACACAGUAAAGGAGUUUAAGCAUGCGUGGGAUAGGCAUAAGGCUAUCCUAACUAUAAGAUAAGGCCAGGGACUAAUGAAAGUAUUUAGAAAAUUGGGCAGACUAGAUGGUCUGAAUGGUUCUUAUUCUAUGUUUCUAUAUUUAUUUAUAUAAUUAUAAAAAAACAUUAGAACCAACCAGGUAGAGGAUAAAGAAGACCUCUACCAUGGUCUGCAAUCCUGUUCUACAACAAGAGUUAAGCAGGCAAGACACACACACACACAUACACAAAGGGAUUGGGAGUAGAAAGAGACAACCUAUGUGGAAGAAAAAAAAACACAUAAAGGAACAGCUAUGAUGAAAGAAACACAACGGGACUGAGGGAGUACACAUAAAGGGGCUGGUAUGAGAAAGUGAUACAGAAGGGGGCUGGGGAAAGAAAAAGACACGCAAUCAGCAUGGGAUGUAAGAGGUACACAGGAGCUGGAUGAGUAAGAGAUACACAAGAGUUUUGUAGGAGACACACAAGGUAGGUGUAAGACACACAAAAUGGCUAAAACAGUGAUAUGAUACACUAAAGGAGUAAAAGUGGGUUAUAAAUUCAAAAAAAUAGUUUGAGACACCUUUAGCUCUGUACCAUUAACUUGGCAAAACCACGUCAAAGUGCUGACCACUCUAACAAAGAGGAGCUUUUGCAUGCCAAAACCUGCAAGCACCAAGACAAGUUGGACAAACUCAAUUUCAUUGCACAAAAACGGUCCAAAGCAUUGCGAAUCGCAGACUAGGGCCUACAAGAUGGCGUUGAUAAUGGCGGGAGCAGCUCGCGCUUAGACACAGAGGUAUCCUCGGAAGCAGAGCCCCUCAUAGCCUCCUUCCAACAAAAAGCACUGGAUCAACAGUCUAACAAGCUCAUUCCUAUAUGGCAAUCAAGUGUGACAUAAAUUAAGAGAGACCUGCAAGACUUGGGUUCUCAUACAACGCAUGUGGAAUCCAAGAUGGAGGAGAUAGUGGAUGCUCAAAAUCAUCCUGCAGAUAAGAUCCAACAACUGGAAAAUCAGCUUCCAGUGAUGUUGCAGCUCUGAAAUAUGGGCAAACUGGUGGCAAGUGGCAUCGUGGCAGCUGCACGCUUGACUUUUCUCAGUUCAUGGGCAGUUAUUUUGCGCCUUGGUUUUUCCACACGCAUCUUGCGACCCUGUUGACUAUUUUGAAUGAAACGCUUGAUUGUUCGAUGAUCACGCUUCAGAAGCUUUGCAAUUUUAAGAGUGCUGCAUCCCUCUGCAAGAUAUCUCACUAUUUUUGACUUUUCUGAGCCUGUCAAGUCCUUCUUUUGACCCAUUUUGCCGAAGGAAAGGAAGUUGCCUAAUAAUUAUGCACACCUGAUAUAGGGUGUUGAUGUCAUUAGACCACACCACUUCUCAUUACAGAGAUGCACAUCACCUAAUAUGCUUAAUUGGUAGUAGGCUUUCGAGCCUAUACAGCUUGGAGUAAGACAACAUGCAUAAAGAGGAUGAUGUGGUCAAAAUACUCAUUUGCCUAAUAAUUCUGCACUCCCUGUAUACUGCUUUUCCUAAAAAUUGUGCGCUUACCUGCACAUUUGGUAAUUUAGCUGAGAAAAUGUCUAGCACUAGUUUCUGUUUAACAUAUGUUUAAUAUAUGCACAGUUGUACACGUGAAGUGUUACCUUAGAGUUCAUCCCCUAUUAAUUUGAUAUAUAUAUAUAUAAAUAAAACAAAAAUAAAUGUUUGGCACCAACCACCAUUAGCCAGUUCAGGCCAUCUGACUUAACAUCAUCUCCGAUGAUACACAACUCAUGUACAAUGUCCUAAAUUCGGGCUCAGAUGUAUAUACUUUCUUUUAUGCUUUUGUUCAAACUCACCUCUCCACCUUUCCCUUUCAUAAACCCCAGCCACAUCCCUAUAUAUUUUACUAGGAUAUGGCUGUAACUCUAUGAAACCCCCAGGGGUCUCACUACUCUGGUGAAACACGACAUGCCUACUCUGACGAUCCCCAGACUUGUUUGGGACACUGUCCCUUUAAGCCUGUGUCCCCAGUGUCCCCAGCCUUGGUUAAAACCCUUUGUUCCUGGCUAUUUCCCACUUGGUUCAGUAAAUGGGGCUUACUGAACCAAGUACCACACAGGCGGACCACCCAGAAGUGGAAGUGUGCAGGCAAUUUACCUCCUAGGCUGGGAGUGUGCUGUAGGUAAAUUGCCGAACCCUGGGUGGCCGCCGUUCGCGCAAAACACACGUGGCGGUGCCAUCUUUACUCAUUCAAAUACGGUCAGUGGUGUGUGCAGCCAAAUUCAUGGAACUAAAAUCGGCUGCACUUUUCCGCGAACACCGCUGAGCCUUACCUUCUCCCAUACUGAACUUUCAGCCGCAGAGACUAAGUCCCAUACGGCGAUGGGACUUAGUCAUUUUUUCAGCCUGAAAUAAAGGACUUUUUAUCCACUGGAGGGAUUUGUGUGAUUUUUGGUUAUGUUUAUAUUUAAAGUGUGCUGAUUCUGAAAAUGUAAUUUAUGAAGAUUGGAUGUAUGGUUUUAAAGUUAUAGUACAUGUAUAAAAACUGUAUUUUUCCUGCCUGUGAUAAUUAUGUUAACCAUUGUGUACCAUAAUUAUAUUACAGGCAGAGAGGGAGGAUUUUUGUGUGUAAUUGUGUAAGUGUUUUCUGUAAUGUACGUGUGUUAUUGGUUGUUCUGUAAAACCCUGUGGGUGGUCCUAUGUAAGGAAAACAUGCAUAAAAGAAGGCCCUUUGGUGCCAAUUAAAAAAAAAAGACUUGUCCCUCUAACUUGCAGCCUUGACUCAUGUUUGUAGGGGACAGCUACAGGGAUUGCUAUGCUCUUCAUACUCCCUUAGCUACUGAGCUCUUGUAAGAGCUUGUGUUCCGGAUCCUGCUUCGCCCUGCAAAAGGAAGAGAGAUCACCCACUGGACCCUGGAGCCUGGUCGUAGGUCCAGGGUGGACAGCAGACGGCAAAAUACCAGCCCAGCAGCAGUGGUUCGUGGAGUCUGCAGUACUUAUGGUGUCUAUGCAGUAGUUAUGGUGUCUUUGGUGCUGAUGGUCCUUUGGUGAGCGCUAGGAGCAUCCUUUCUAUGGUCCAACUUCCAGCCAGCCUGGAGUCAACCGUAACAUUUGGUGGCAGCGGUGAGAUGGUGUCCUAGUGUGAGGAGCAGCACCCACACGACACUGGUAUCAUAUGAGAGAGUAUUGAGGGCAAUGCUAGCCUCUGCGCAGUGUCCCUACCUACAGCAGCAUGGAGCUAGCAAAUCCUUGCACAGCAGCCAAAAUGGAGAAGAGGUUCCUCGACAGAAUGAAUGGCUUCCUAGCCCAGAGGGAAUUGGCAGUCUCAGAAGAGGAGGUGUGUGGGUACAGAAAUGAGGCCAGAGCUGAGCUGUGGGAUGAAGCCCUGGAGGAAGUCCAGUAUCAGUGAAGUGAUCGUCCACUCAGCAGAAGGCAGCGGAUACCCCUCCUGGGAAAACAACCCCUUCCAGCGUGGGUGGCUAAACUAGAGGCUUUAGUAAAUAACGAACUGUGGCUCGACGAUGCAUACCAGGCACUACAAUGGUACGCGGCCCAGCUGGUUCCCGAGGAAGCUGGGUAUGAGUUCCCUGAGAGUGGGGAUUACAAGGGCCAUGGUCUAUUCUGGGAUAACAUAGAUGAUGACGACUUCAGGAAGACUACCGACUCACACCUUUGGGACUUGUAUGACGACCGGGAAGACAUGCUGGGUCUCCCUAGAGCCAUUGACCUCGAGGCAGAUCUGCAGUACCUAGUCACCAACGAAUGCGACCUGGAGUACAAGUACCUGCACCUCAUCAAUGGAGUCCGGGAAGAGACAACCGGUCCCCUUCCCCAACGGCAACCAGAGGUACCCCAUGAGAGCCCAACAACAGAGCUAGGUCAAGACCCCUUCAGCUGGAAGGAUAUCGUAGAGAUUUACUGGGAGGAACCUCUGAUGGCAGGUAGAGAUGGGACCGAGGUCUCUCUACAGGCCCAACAGGGAUGCUGGGCAGUCAGCCCAGAUCCCCAACCCCAGGGUGAGUUACAGGGAGUGGAGAGCAUCGACCUCCCUCCCCAGCGGCAGCCCGAGUUACAGGGAGAGGAGAGCAGCGACCUCCCUCCCCAGCGGCAGGCACCGGUCAGAGGGAAGAGACAACCGGUCUUCUUCCCCAACCACAACCCGAGGUACCCGAGGCAGCAGACCUCAUAGACUGGUCCUGGGAGGAUCCCCAGCAGGCAGGUGGAGAUGGGACCGCAGUCUCUCUAUCAGCCCUACAGGGAUGCUGGGCAGGCGGCCCAGAUAACCAGCGGCAGACCCAGCAACAGGGAGAGGAGAGCAUCGACCUCCCUCCCCAGCAGCAGCAGGAGUAUCAGGAAGAGGAGGUAAGCCAAUUCUCCCCUCCCCAGCUAACUCCUAACUUGGGCCAAGGUUUAAAAGCGGGCAUGUUAACCCCCACUGAUCACCAUGUUCUCCUUUCUAUGGGGCAAGAGUAUGUCCCAAUUCCCCCAGCAGAAAAGCUGGCAGCUGGGCAGAGUGCAGUUGGCCUCUGCCCUCCCUAUGUCCCUUGUCUAGAGCCUGACAUCCUACAGGCUAUCCCAGCGGAAGAGAUCGUGUCUAUGCAGUAGUUAUGGUGUCUACAGUGCUGAUGGUACUUUGGUGAGCGCUAGGAGCAUCCUUUCUAUGGUCCAACUUCCAGCCAGCCUGGAGGCAACCAUAACAGACUGAAUAUGCCCUCAGAAAAGGCACGUGGUGUUACAUGAAGCAAGGAAAUGAGCAGCAGGUACCUUAUGUCUCCAGAAGACUUAUUUUUCCAAGGCCACGAUCCCACAAUUUGACAUGAAACAUUUCCCAGUGCAAAUUCACGAUGCUCAUGUCUCAAAGUCCCGAGGUAUCUCGAUUUAUGUACAUAAAACAGUGACAUUUGAGUUACUUCAGAAAAUUUCAGAUACACAGGGCAGGUAUUUCAUUUUAAUAUGUCUGUUGAACAAUGUUAUGUACACCUUGGUAAAUGUUUAUGCUCCUAAUGAGAAUCAGAGGAAUUUCCUACUGUGAUGUUUUGUACAAACCAGCCAAUAAUUCCUGUUUAACGAAGUACUCACUUUAUUAAUACAUAUAUAUAUAUACAGGAUCUUCAUAUUGCUGCCUUGUUACACAGGGUUUCUGCAGCCGCCAUUUCAAAUCCCUGGAACAUUCCACCCAACUGCCAACAGGAACAGGAAGUAAAGAACCAAAAGAAAGUGCAUCAUUCACAGCCAACAACAGCCCAACUGCCCAAUGCCCAUACAUCACAAUACAAACACUCACACACUUAUACACAGCCCAGCUGCCCAUACAUCACACUACAUACACUCAUACACUCACACACUCAUACACAGCCCAACUGCCCAUACAUCACACUACAUACACUUAUACACUCACACACUCAUACACAGCCCAACUGCCCAUACAUCACAUCUCUUUCCUUUCUCAACAAAAGAAAAAAAACAAAAUAGCAAAAAGUCAACAAUAAUAAAAGAACAAUUUAAAAAUGUGUCCUUAAUCUGCAUCAUUCUGUCCAUCAUCUUUAUGAUCUUCAAUCUUUUUUUCAGGACAGCCUAUUCUACUCCUACUAGGAUACCAUUUCCGCCUUCUCACUGUGGAGUUUCUCCGACUAUAGUCCCUUAAUGGAUCUUCUGGUUGCCAGCGGUGUGUGGCACUUCUCUCUCUUGUUGAAUGGCCAGUAUUUUCAUGACCACAGCCUUCAUGGUUACUUGAACUGUGGCUUGGCAGUUCUUGUUCCUUAGUUUCAUGGGGUAUUUCCUCCAAAUCAUCCCCUAUUACAUCAUGAGCCUCUGUACCAGGUGUAUUGCAGACUUCAGAAUGUCAUCAUGCCAAACUCCAUGCCAGAUAUCAGUGUCUGGUUGCAUGAGUGGCCCUACUCACUUUGAUAGGUUGUCUGUUAUACGUGGUCGAAGUUGAUUUUUAUGUCUCCGUGUGUAGCAUCCAUCAGAGGUUAAAACUUUAUAGUGCGCAGGCCCCAGAACUUCCUUUAUCACUGCUUCUUUCCAACGAUUCUCCUGAUGAUAUACACGCAUCCAAACAGAAUCCCCUGUCUGGUAACAACGGCCUGCUUUUCCGACUUGCACCUUAGAUUGUUGCUGGAUGACCCUUGGUUGAAUCUCUGGUUUUAGCAGUUCCAACUUUGUCCUGAGUUCACGGCCUAACAUAAAGCAUGCUGGAGGUUGUCCAGUGAUUGGAUGAGGUGUAUUUCGAUACUGUAGAAGGAACUCAGACAAAUGAUGUUCAGGUCUCUUUCCUUCUGCUUUCAGACUUCUCAGAAAACCCUUUAACGUUUCAACAAAACGUUCUGUUUGACCAUUAGUAGCAGGAUAAUACGGAGCUGUAUGAUGAUGCCGAAUACCAUUUUUCUUGAGAAAUGCCUGAAAUUGUCCAGAAACAAACUGCGGUCCAUUAUCUGAAACAAGCACUCUGGGCAAGCCAGAGUUUCUGUAAUGCUUUAACAGUGGCUUCUGCAGUGCAUGAAUAGAACUUCUGGCCAUUUAGAAUGAGCAUCUACCACAAUCAGAUACAUUUUGUUUUCUACUGGUCCAGCAAAGUAUAUGUGAAUUCUCUGCCACUGUGAUAGAGGCCAGGUCCAAAGUUGUAUGGCACCAUGUGGCAAGUCACGCUGUGCUUGUGCACAACCAGUGCAACCUGAAACAUAACGGGCAAUAUCAUCAUCAAUGAUUGUCCACAUACAUGACCUCUUGUCUUCUGCUUCAUGCAGACUAUGCCAGGAUGACCUGCAUGCAAAAUUUCAAGAAUCUGUUGUUGUAACACAAAAGGAAUAACCACCCUUUCUCCCCAGACUAAGCAGCCACCUUGAAUUGAUAACUCCUGAGCUCUUGUUUGGAAUGACUUGAGAUGUAUUGGAGUCUUUAGUGGCCAACCCUUGCAUACAAAAACAAGUAUUUCCCUCAGCAAAGAGUCCUUGGCUGUCUCUAUGCAAUUUCUCUGGCUGUUAUCACCUCACUGAAAUAUAUUGUAGAUCUUUCUGUGGUAGUUACCGUAUUUAUCCGCGUAUAACACGCACUUUUUCUCCCUGAAAAUAGGGGAGAAAUUGUGGGUGCGUGUUAUACGCCGGCCCUUUAAAUACUGCAGCCGCCUGAGCGCUCUGUCAAGAGCACUCAGGCGGCUGCAGUUGGUACUCACAGUCUGACCGGGUACAGGAAACAGAAACUCCUGUUCCGCGCGGAACAGGAGUUUCUGUUUCCUGUACCCGGUCGGACUGACAGGAAGGUGCACACUGAGCAUGCACCUUCCUAUCACUCCGGCCGGCCACUGCGGACGGCAGAGCGGCUCGGCCACGCUACAGGGGAGGGGGUAAGAAGGGGGUGAAUAGAGGAGGGGGCAAGAAGAGGGAGAGGGAGUGGGGAAUAAGAGAGGGGAGGGGGAAAUAAGAGAGUGGGGAGAAGAAAGGGGGGAGGGAGGUAAGAAGAGGGGAGGGGGGGCAGAAGAGAAGAGGGGGGGAGUAAGAAAGGGGAGGGGGGCAAGAAAGGGGGAGCGGCAAGAAGAGGGAGUAAGAAAGGGGAGGGGGUAAGAAGAGGGGGGGGAGGGGGGGAGUAAGAAGAGGGGAGUAGGGGGUAAGAGGGGGAGGGGGAAGUAAGAAUAGGGGGAGGGGGGAGUAAGAAAGGGGGGUAAGAAGAGGGGGAGGGGGAGUAAGAAGGGGGUAAGAGGGGGAAGGGGAAAAGAAGUAAGUCUUUAUUUGAAAUUUAAAGGACCACUCUAGGCACCCAGACCACUUCAGCUUUAUGUGGUGUGGGUGCCAGGUCCCUCUAGGAUUAACCCUUUUUUUUAUAAACAUAGCAGUUUCAGAGAAACUGCUAUGUUUAUACUGAGGGUUAAUCCAGCCUCCAGAGCCUCUAGUGGCUGUCUCAUUGACAGUCGCUAGAGGCGCUUGCGUGCUUCUCACUGUGAAAAUCACAGUGAGAGCACGCAAGCGUCCAUAGGAAAGCAUUGUAAAUGCUUUCCUAUGCGACCGGCUGAAUGCGCACGCGGCUCCUGCCGAUGACGUCGCAAGCAAGGAGGAGAGGAGGAGUACAGCUCCCCGCCCGGCGCUGGAGAAAGGUAAGUGUUUAACCUUUCCCUCUCUCCAGAGCCCGGCGGGAGGGGGUCCCUGAGGGUGGGGGCACCCUCAGGGCACUAUAGUGCCAGGAAAACGAGUAUGUUUUCCUGGCACUAUAGUGGUCCUUUAAGUUUUUUUUCCCUGAAAUUUCCCUCUUAAAAUGAGGUGCGUGUUAUACGCCUGGUGCGUGUUAUACGCCGAUAAAUACGGUAAUUGUGAAUCCAUUUUCAAUGGAAGUCUAGAGAAUGCAUCCACAUUAGAAUGCAGAGUGUUUGGACAAUAUUGUAUCUGAUACUGAUAAGCCCCCAGAGUUAAGGCAUACCUCUGAAGUCUUGCUGCUGUCAUGAUUGAAAUACCUUUCUGUGGGUUAAAAAUUGUCAACAAAGGUUUAUGGUCCGUAAGCAGUGUGAAGGGUCAACCAUAUAUAUAAAGAUGGGAUUUCUUUACUGCCCAUACUAUUGCCAGAACCUCUUUAUCUAUUUGAGAAUAGUUUUUUUCUGCAGCUGUGAGCAAUCUAGAGGCAAAAGCCACUGGCCUGUCUGUCCCAUCAGCCAUGGAAUAAGACAGGACUGCUGCCAGUUCAUAAGGUGAUGCAUCACAAGCAAUGGAAACAGGCUUUUCUAAGUCGUAGUGUACUAAAAGACGUGAACUAUGAACUAGUUCUUUUGACUUAUGGAAAGCUGAAGCACAUUCUACUGUCCAGCGCCAUUGUCGUUUACUCUCUAUAAGACAAUGUAAAGGAUACAGGACAUGAGCUAAAUUUGGCAAAAAAAGGUUGUAAUCAUUUAACAGACCAAGAUAGGACACAUUUUGUGGAGUUGGAGCAUCCUGUAAUGCCUUGACCUUCUCAUCUGCUGUACGCUGCCCAUGUUUGUCAAUUACAUGAGCACAAAAUUCAAGACGAUCCUGCAUGAAUUGGCAUUUAUCCAAAUUUACCUUUAAUCCAUAUUCCAUAAGUCUUUGCAAAACUGCCUCUACAUUCUGUUUAUGUUCCUCCUCUGAUUUACCCGUCACCAGCAUGUCAUCUAACAGGCACUGUGUCCCAGGAAUUCCAUCUAACAGCUUGUCCAUUUGUAGCAAACUCAACCCUUUAAGAGAGUUUGCCAUGAGCUUUUAGAGGGGCUUGCUUGCCCGCCUCCUGCCAUGUGACUAUGGCCCUGGGGGUAUUGUCCUUUAAAGACAGUAUUUGGGCAUGAUGGAUUUUUAUUAUGCGGCUACUGGCCCUUUAAGCAUGGACUUCUAUUAGUCUGUGUAUAGAUUGUGUAUAGGAAGUUGUACCCCUCCCCCGUUUCCUGUCCCAUUGUUCUCCAGCAGGGCGUUGUCCCAGGCACACUGCCAGACUAGUUGGAACUGGUUUGGGCCUAAAGGGACCUCCACAAAACUUUAAGCCCCCAUAACUCCUGAACCCCUGAUCUGAUCUGGGUGAUUUUUGGAUAUGUGUCUCACCCAGAUCAGGGCUACCAGGGGAUGUAAUAUUUAAAGGGGUACUCCUAAGUUAUGGGGUACAUCCAGAAAACAAGGGGAACUGUGUCCUACAUAAUGGGAUUAUGUGUCACACUAAGGGGAGGGGAUGUGUGGGUGGCAACUCGUGUAUGAUUGGUGUAUUGUGUAAUUACUGUAAAUCCCUCCCUGGAAUGGGAUAAUGCUUUAAAAGAAGGUUGUGUGAUUAAAAGUUCAGUUCUACUCCUGAUACUGUGUGUCGUCCAGUGAUUGGGGAAAGUGAUGGGAUAUUAUUGGAUUGUAAUGCUGAUUGUGCUGGAUAUUCUCUUGGAUUUAUUACUUGUUCCUGCAUCCUCUUAAAGUACUUGGUGGAGUUUAGCUGUGAGAAAUCAGCUCUCCGCUACACCAUUGUUCGCUGCCAGACAGCUGGUGCAGGUGAAAUGCCAAAAACCAUACGGUUAUACCUGAAUAGCCCCCGAUGGGUAUUAAUCGUAAGUAGUGGUAGAGAAUCUGUAUGUACAGAUAACUGUAGAUAUGCAUUUUUCAAGUCAAUUUUGCUUAACUGCUGGCCACCUGCCAAUGAUGCAAACAUAUCAUGUACCCUAGGAAGGGGAUACUUAUCUAUUUUAAGCUGUGUGUUAAGAGCCAUGCGGAAAUCCCCACAAAUCCGUAUAUCUCCCUAUUUUGUUUUCUCACAGGAACAAUGGGCGGAGCCCACUUACUAUUGUGAACCCGGGAGAUGAUUUUCAACUCCUCUAAUCUCCUCAAUUUUGCCUCCACUCCAGCCCUUAGAGCAAAAGGCACACUUCUUGCUUUAAAAAAUGUCGGUGUUGCUCUUCCUUUAAUUCUAAGGAAACGUUUGGCCAUCAAACACUGGUGCAUACUUUUCCUGUAAUUCCCUAAUCCAGUCAAGUCUGAUCUGAUUUUCAUUCAACACAUGACAUGGAUACUUAUGCACUUGAGGCAUCCCGAGAGCCCUUAUCCACUCCCUACCAAAAAGUGGAGCUCCUCCAUUCUCUAAGUUAUAGAGAGGUAGUUUAUUUUUAUACUUGUUGAAUGUAACUGUGACUGUCACACAACCUACUGGUAUUAACAGCUCUUUAGAAUACGUCUGCAGACUCGCUGUUAUCUGAAUUAUUGGCCUGUGUAUUUUAAGGCGUUUCCAGUCUGUCAAAGAAAUCACUGAUACAGCUGCACCUGUGUCCAAAUCCAUAGUAAGUUUAUUUCCAUUGACAACAACCUGAACUGUGAAUGCAGCCAGAUUAGAACCUAUUUUAUAUAUUUUUAAAUUUCGGACAGGAAAUUGUUCAUCCGAAUCCUCAGAAUACUCCUGCAUUUGUACUCUAUAGGCAUUCUUGGCUCUGUCUCUCAAGCGAUUACUGCCUCUCUCUGCUGUGGAUUUACACAUUCUUUGCAGGUGGCCCAUUUUACCACAAGCAUGACACUUGGCAUCCUUGAAUCUGCAUGUAGUACAACAUGUGUAGCAGCUCCACAACGAUAACAUUUGUAAUGUGAAUGUUCCUGUUUUGAAAGUUUCUUUCCUUGUGGUACACUCUGUGCUCUAGCAUCUAAUUUUAAAAACCUCUGCCUCCUGUGUGUUGUCCAGUCUGCUGUGUAAUAGAUUAGCAUCCUAUUGUUCUAUAACGCUUGCCAUGUUCAUUGCCUUUUUAAAUGUUGAAUCUUCUUCUGUAAGCAGUCUUUUUAGCACUGUAUCACUUGCAAUGCCCAUUACAAACUGGUCUCACAGAGCAGUGGGAAGGUAGUCCCCAAAACAACAGGUGCUGGUGAGUUUCCGUAACGCAAUGGCAUAUGCUGAAACUGAUUCACCAGGCUCUUGUCUUCUUUUAUAGAAUUUAAAUCUCUCUUCUAUCUCUAGUGGUUUUGGUUGGACAUAGCUAGUUAACAGAGUAAUCAGGCUUGCCAAUGGCUUGCUGGCAGGUUUCUCUGGGUGUAAGAGGCUCCUUAGCGUAUCAUACGUUUUGGCUCCUAUAACUGUUAGGAAAACAGCGACCUGUUUAUUGUCAGGAAUGUCAUUAGCUGGGAAAUAUUGUUCAAGCCUUUCAACCCAAGAGGCCCAUAAAUCCGAGUCAGGAUCAAAGUCCUUUAUAGUGCCAAUGGCUGCCAUGUCAAUUAUGGUUCUACAGCCUCGUCGCCACUGUGAUGUUUUGUACAAAUCAGCCAAUAAUUCCUGUAUAACGAAGUACUCACUUUAUUAAUACAUAUAUAACAGGAUCUUCAUAUUGCAGCCUUGUUACACAGGGUUUCUGCAGCCGCCAUUUCAAACCCCUCGAACAUUCCACCAACUGCCAACAGGAACAGGAAGUAAAGAACCAAAAGGAAGGAAGUGCAUCAUUCACAGCCGACAACAGCCCAACUGCCCAAUGCCCAUACAUCACAAUACAUACACUCACACACUAAUACACAGCCCAACUGCCCAUACAUCACAAUACAUACACUCAUACACUCACACACUCAUACACGGCCCAACUGCCCAUACAUCACACUACAUACACUCAUACACUCACACAUUCAUACACAGCCCAACUGCCCAUACAUCACACCUACACAGCAUUCUUACCAAGGUGAUGGGUGCACAACAAUCUGGUGAUAUAAUCCACAUUUUAGAUCCUUGAUAGGUCUACACCAAAACACUCUCCCAGGUACAGAUCACUCAAAACUCAAUGCAAAACGAUGACAAAAUUAUUGCUUCACUUUUACCUAUACGACUGCUGGAGAACACUGAACCCUAAUAAAAGAUGUUACACCUGUUACUCGCAAACUCAUAAGACCCCCAAUCAUAGAGAUGAUUUUAAAUUUUGUGAUUGUAACCCAUGGAAACUCAACACAACAUUAUUGCAUAAUGACCAAUUCUGUGCUGAAGUAGAGACAGACCUCUCUGCCUCCUUCUCAUUAAAUGAUACACAGGGAGUGCCUGUUUCCUCGAUUUGGCAUGCCCAUAAGGCUGUCAUACGUGGGGUGUUUUUCUGAAGCUCCUCAUUUCUUAAGAAACAAACUCAGGCAAGGUCACUCAACCUAUUAUGGACACUAAGGGAUCUCACUACAGCCCAUUAUUUACACUCCCGUGACACAGUUGCAGAACAAAUAGCAAAAGUCCAAAGAGACAUUAACAACAUAAACAUAGCUCAUACACUUUACACAAAUUAAAGGCUAAGGAAUAUGACCUGGGGAGCAAAGCAGGCUCAAUGCUAACUAGUAGACUUUGGGACAUGCACGCCCAAUCUAAAAUAGCCUACUUAGUAUCAGAAGAUGGUAAGAAAAUAAUAAAGCCCCAAGCUAUUUGCAACAAAUUUGCUGAGUUAUAUAGCAAGCUGUCAGUCAUGCCCUAGGCAUGACAAAACUCAGACACCCACCCCUUCUAAAUUUCUCCUCCUGUUAAAAAAACAACACGCUGUUUGCCUGACAGACACACACCUUCACGGAUGCAUACACAGUCAUUGUCACACACACUGUUUAACCAACACACACUUUCACUUAAACAUACACACUCACUGACAGACAGACACUCAUACUUACAUUCACCGACAGACACCCACCGACAGACUCACUGACAGAUGCACACUCAGUGUCAGACACACACACAUACCCAUUGACAAACACUCAGUGUCAGACACACACUUUCGCUAACAGACAUACACAUUGACUGACACACACUCUCAUGUAUGUAUACACAUACAUUCACUAGCAGACAUACACACUCUCACUGAUAUACACUCUUUGACAGACACACACACACACACACACUCACUAACAGACACAAACACACUCACCAACAGACACACACACUAACACACUCACUAACAGACACACACUCUCACCAACAGACACAGACACACUAGCACAUUCACCAACAGACACACACACUAACACACUCUCAUUAACAUACAGACACACUAACCCACUCACUAACAGACAUACACACUAUCACUGUCACACACUCUUUGACAGACACAUGAACACACUCUCACUAACAGACACACUCUCACUAUCAGAUUCACACACACUAACAAUUUUUUUUAUUUUGUUGCUUACAUUUAGGUGGAUUCCUCCCUGGAGUCCAGUGGGGCUGGCAGGGCAAUGCAGGUGGUCUGGUGGGUGGUCGGACAGGCAGACGUUCAGGCAGAUGUCAAGGGAGAGCUCAUCCUAGUGCUCACUUCCUCGCGCGCCUCUUAGAGUGAUGUCAUAUUCCGGCUCUGGCAUCACUGCAGUGCAAGCGAGGGAGCUGAGCAGGAGCCCUCGCUGCCCACAGCCCACAUUAGUGCAUGACAGCCUCUGGGGAGCCCUGAGGUGGCCAGUCGCCCAGCUCCUGGGCCCUCCAGGGCAAGAGGCUAACAUGGCAUCUGCUGGGGUAUUUGGGGGUGGCUUUUUUGCCUCCCCCCUAAAAGUGCCACCCAAGGCAAAUGCCUUGCCAGCCUCAUGGUAAAUACACCGCUGCAAGCUGUAUAACCUAAAAGAGGACCCCCAUGCCCACUAACCUACAAACUACGAAAUCUCAAAAUUUCUAUCCACAAAACACCUACCGUCCUUAUCCUCAGUCCAGAGUAAGAAAAUGGCUGAGCCAAUAACUCUAGAAGAGGUAGAGAAAGUAAUAGGGGAUCUGCCCUCCAAUAAAUCUCCUGGCCCCUCCAACAAAUCUCUCCUGGUGUCAUGACAACUAUAUGAUCCAACAUGCAGAACCAUGUAACAUCUACAGAACAGAAAAACCAACAGAAUGUAAACCGGUCCUUAGAAUGGCCGGGCUAAUACAUUGAAAAAUAGAGAAUAUUCAAGGGAAAGCUGAGGUCAAGGGAGCCGGAAAUACACAAGAUCCAUAAGAAAGACAAGUCAGGGAAACCAGAAAUUAGAAUAGUCAGGAACAGCCGAAGUCAAAUAUGAGUAAUAUCAAUAACAAGAUCAGGAAAACGCACUCUUGGAUACCAGGAACGGAAACCACAACAGAGCAAUGAGCUAAGGUAUUCUGGGGUUUAAAUACCUGUCCUUGGGCUAUGAUUGGUCAGAGCUUCACCUCUGACCCUAGAAAGUGCAUGUGUGUUGACGUUGUGACAUCACACGCAUGGUCGCGUAACUUUUGGAAGCGUGGCUACAAAUUGACACGACCUCGCUGUCGGCACCAUUUUAGAUCCCGCGUGUGAAGGGGAUGGACACCCCAACGGUUGGAGAAAUUACUAUCUCACUUUUCUAGGUGUCAUUCUCCCCUUCAAUUUGUCCACGUUGUAUCAUUUAAACUAUGUAAAGUUGAGCAAAUAAAUAACUAACACCCUACAUAAUUGGAAUAACAAAUUAAUCUCCUAGUCGGGAUGUAUAGCUGCUGUCAAGAUGAUAAUCUUGCCAACGCUGCAAUAUAUGCUCCGAACAGUCCCAAUGUCCCGACAGCAUUUUUUAGAACUCUCCAAAAACAAAUUCAUUUGUUCAUCUGGAAUGGAAAAUGACUUAAAGUAGCUCUUUCAACACUGUAUAAACAUGUUUAUAAAAGUGGAAUGAGCCUCAACCAAUAUCCAUACAAAGCAGCCAUCCUAAAUAUCCUUGUGUCAGCUUGGUACUUCAUCCUGCACAGACCCACAGGCCAGGUGAAUUCUUACCUGACCACCUUGGCCUGUGGCUAUCUGCAAGGGUGAGCAACAUAUCUGUGCUACAGACUCCCAACCCAGGUAAGACCCUGACACGAUUCGCGUCUCAGCUCCGAUACGCAUGCGCGGCAAGAGCCGCGUGCGCAUUCACUCCGCCCAUAGGAAAGCAUUACUCAGUGCUUUCCUAUGGAUGUUCAACGUCUUCUCACAUAUUUUCACAGUGAGAAUCGCGGAAGCUCAAUGAGACAGCCACUAGAGGCUGGAUUAACCUUCAGUGAAACAUAGCAUUUUCUCUGAAACUGCUAUGUUUUCAGCUGCAUGGUUAAAACUAGAGGGACCUGGUACCCAGACCACUUCAUUGAGCCGAUGUGAUCUGGGUGUCUGUAGUGGUCCUUUAAGUAUAUGUGUAUCUGCAUGCACUGGUGUACAUACCACGGUCGCAGGGGUCGCAGCUCUGUGCCCGCCGUCAUGUGUUGCAGACCCGGCCCGCACAGAGUAAGCGCGGGGGGCCCACAGAACAGUUUUUGCACCGGGGCACCAUGAGUUGUGUGUAUGCCACUGAUUAGCAGUAUGGGACCGAUCACAAAGGCUUUUGUGCAGAAGCCACCCUACCUCUCUAGCCACACCCCUAUCGGUUUUGUCUGUUUUAAUUCUUGGAUUUAACUUUAGGAAUUGGAAUAGAUGUGGUGUUAAGUACAUUUACGAAUUGCAACUAAAUGGGAAUCUGCAAACGUUUGAACAACUGAAAGAUAGAUACACACUGUCUAACACAGCAAGCUUCUCACAUGUACAAUUACAAUCUUGGUGGCACGGUCAUGUGGAGAUACCCUCUUUGUCUCCAUGCAAGACGCUGACAAACUUUGAAAAAUUCUACAUGGCCCUAUCACCAGUAAAAAAAAAAAAAUGAUAUCUACCAUUUAUACUCUACUAAAGCCAGUCAGAGAAAUAAAAUACAAACCCUGCACUGUAUGCAGACUUGGGAAAAAGACCAAGGUCACAAGUUGGCAGAGACCGCAUAGCCCUUAGAUGGCUGUGAUUGAUUUUGUUUACAUCCCACAUGUAACUUUCAAGAAAAAUAUUCAAUCACUGGUAUAUGGUCCCGACCCAUAUGGCAAACAUGAAUCCAUCUAAGCCAAACAAGUGUUGGAGAUUCCAAAAAUAACCAGGCACUUUUAUUCACACUUGGUGGAGCCGCUCCCAAAUACAACCUUAUAACCCUCAUGCACAACCACACAAAGGUGACUAUACCCAACUCCCCUUCCUCUAUGUUGUUGUUCAUUUUUGAGACACAUAUCUUAAACUGAUCAAGUAUAUGAUCUUUCAUAUUCCCAUAGCAGCCUUGUCAUAGCCAAAAUUGUCUUUCCCCAACAAACGCCUCUAUGCAUGAAGAUCUAAAGACCUUAAGACACAUAUCACUAGUAGGACGAUAAGAGUUAAACAUACUCCAAAUUCCACCAAUGAGCAAAUGGAGGCAUGAAGUAUGGGAAAAUUGGGCCUUGAAACACCCUACUUAGCCAACUAUACAUACACUCAACACUUUGCCUACUUAAUGGCCAAGGGAAGUUGAGAGUGGUCAGCAAUCCACUUGGGCCCAUUACUAGUAUAUAGUAUUCCUUCCUAUCACACGAGGAAUGGCUGGUUUCACCCUACCCUCUUUAUUUUCCUCUUUCUGACCGCUAUCCACCAACUACAGUAACAAACAGGCAAGGGGAAACAUUAAGGCAAGGAAUAAGGUCCACGAUAGAUGGCACACAGGUCAGCUCCACAGUAGAAAGUGGAAAAUGCACAUACCUACACCUCAGAGUUCAAGUCGAAUACGGUAUCGGUCUCAAUAUGGCUUACUAAUAUAUAUACAUCCACCAGAGUACUAGACAUACCACCUUUUGUGACAGACAAGUUCACUCAGUUUGAAAGUACGAACACAAUGUUUCAAUAUGUUACCCGGAAAUAUUCUGUAUACCAGUGCUGUUACAAGUAUUGCUUUCUUCUACGAGUCAUAUAUGACCUAUGUUUACCUAUUACAAUGUGACGGAAAUGUGGCGACCUAUUUUGUAACUAUGUCAUUGCUUAGAUGACAGCCUCUCCCCCCCAAAAAAUAUAAACUAUUACUUAUCUUUUUCUUUUUGAACAUAAAUGGAUUGUGCUGUCUUUUGCUAAAAAUGUAACAUUUCUUUUUUUUUUUUUUAAAUGAAGCACCAAAUGAAAAAAAAGGUUUUUAGAAACAUUAUGAGUGAUUGUUAAUGUUUUAGUGAAUGAUGACUGUGCCGGAGAAGCAACAGUUCAUCUUUAAUCUGCUGGGAUUUCAGUAAAGUAAAUAUUUUGUUAAGACUCAGGGGAAAAACAUGCUACUAAAAUAUUAUAAAUAGUGGGUUUGCAGACUGAUAAUGAGUCCAUUUGUAACGAAGGCUGGAGGUGAGGUGACUCUUAAUGGGUGGGAUUUUCUGAAAAAAAAUGCAUCUAUUUUAAACAUGUUUUACCUCUUCAUUAUUUUUACAUUUAUUUAUCUUUUAAAUAGCAUUAGACUUUGAUUUUCUCUCUCACUUUCCCCCUCUCUCCUCUUACGUCAGAAUCCCAUAGUUUCUACAGAUAUUUAAAAGAUUUAUAAAUUACUAACAUCAUCUAAUUAACUCUAAUAAAAGCUCUUCUAUAUUUGUGUACCGUCUAGACAAAGCAAAUAUGUUUCAGUGUUUCUUUUCAAUAAAUUAUUGGGAUAUGUGUAAACAAUAGCAUGAAUAGAUCAUAUCUUUCAUAAUACUUUCUUUAAACAGGACACUGGGGAAAAAUAAAAAAGCAAGGAUGGUAAAUAUCUCCAGUAAUGACAAACUUAUUCUUCUGGGACUGGAAGAGUUGCAAAGUUUAAAAUAUAUGUUCUGUGUGCUCUCUAUUGUCACAUAUCUAUUUAUUGUUUUUCUGAGCAUUUUAAUUGUGCUUGUGAUUUUGAGUGAAGAAAGCCUCCAUGAGCCCAUGUACAUUCUUAUUUGCAACUUGACUCUUAAUGGGAUUUUCGGAAGCUCAUCUUUUUAUCCAAAGUUAAUUAGUGAUCUGUUAACUUCAUCUAAAACAGUUUCACGGACGAACUGCCACAUCCAAGUUCUUUGUCUUAUGACUUUCAUUUUGUUUGAAGUAUUAACUUUUACAAUCAUGGCUUAUGACCAAUAUUUAGCCGUAUCGCACCCUCUCCAGUAUAUUAUGAUGAUGACCACUGGAAAGACGGUGAAACUCAUUGUUGGAUCUUUUAUAUUUUCUUUCACGUCCGUGCUGAUAUCUGUUCUUCUGUCUGCCAGAUCACCUCUUUGUGGAAAUGAAAUCAAAAAUAUAUUUUGUGACAAUCUGUCUUUAAUAAUUUUGUCUUGUCUUGAUUCUUCUGUGAAUAAUCUCUAUGCAUUCAUUGCAACAAUAAUUUUUUUAAUGUUUACAAUAUCAGUAAUUACUUAUUCUUAUCUGCAGAUUUUCAAUAUUUGCAUAAAAUUGACCAAAACGUCCUAUAGGAAAGCUUUACAUACACUGGUGACCCACUUACUCAACUUUUCGAUAUUUCUGGUGGGCGCUCUUUUUUUGUUUGUUCGUUUUAGACUCAAUAGCAGCAUAGUCCCACUUUUUGCUCACGUUCUGCUUUCUGUUAGUUUUGUAGUAUUUCCUCCACUUCUCAACCCUCUCAUAUAUGGUAUCAGAACAAAGGCAGUAAAAAUGAAAAUUAUAAGUUUCUUAAAGACAAUUUGGACACCUGUAUGAAUGCACAAACUAGAUUUUCUCGAAUAGAUAAAAAACAAACAAAAAUAUACUGGGAUAACCUAAAAAAGAAUGAAAAAACAAAUUGUAAAUUGCAUUGUGUAAUACGAAUAAAAGUGAUAACAUUUCUGGUUUCCCUACCUGCAAACUGACUGACUGGGAUGUCGAGCGUGAUAUUGGGUGUUUUGUGUCUUUAAACCUAUCUGACCCAGAGUGCUGAUGAUAGUACAUGACUUUUAGAAGACACUGCGCUCUAUGGUAAUUAGACUUUUUGGGACAUACAUUCCUGUUCAUUUUAUAUAUGUUUUCCUUUUGUACCUACAGCAAACUGUUGCACUUAAAACGUGGCAAUUUUUGCUUUUUGAAUUGUUUUAUACAUAUGCAAUGAAACAAUAAAAUAAAAAAAUAGAAAAAUAUCUGCUUUCAUUUGCAAUUUGAGUAGCAAAGCUUAAGCUAUUUGACUUAACUCUAUGAUAAAAAAUAAAAAUAUAUAUUCUAAACCCUGGUACUAACUCAUAUUCUACUAUCGUUCAUGCCGAGAUGGAGUAAGGGUGCAGAGGCACAGCAUUAUUAUUAUUACUGACCGAGCUAGGACCCAGCCAUUACAAGUUGAUGGGGGCUUAGGUUAUGUAUUACUUUACAUUACAAUGUGAUAGCAUUUGUAUGUGUCUGAGUUUGUCUAAAUGUGUAUGUGAGCGCUUGUUAUUGAAUUUAAUACUAUCUUAGAGUGUUUGAAUGUAUAUGUGAGUGCUUGUUAUAAACUAUAAUAGAGUGUCAUAAUAUACAUGUGAAUGCUUGUGAUAGGGUAUAAUACUACCUUAAUGUGUCUGAGUGUGUGUCUGUCUGUCUGUUUUUUUGUGUCAGCAAAUAUUUAUGAGAAUCGAUCAGUGCUGUGUGAGUCUGCAAAUGUCUAGAGUAUAAUACUUUCUUAGAGUGUCAGAAUGUGUGUAAAUGCUUGUGAUAGAGUAUAAUACUACAUGAGAGUGCCUGAAUGUGUAUGUGAAUGCUUGUCAUAGAGUAUAAUAAUACCUUAGUGUGUCAGAAUGUGUAAAUUAGUGCCUGUAUGUCUGGUUCGGGUGUGUCUGCAAAUAUUUGAGAAUAUGGAUAAGUGCUGCAUGAGUCUACAAAUGUCUGUGUGAGUCUGUUAAUCUGUGACCGCCGCACUAUCUUGAAAAAGCCCGGGUGUUUGGGCGAAACAUGUUGAAGUGCUAACAGCUUCUGUCCUAGAGGGGUGAAUGAGGAGUGAUUACUGUUACCGGCUUGGAAACUUGGCGUCCUUCCAACACAAGAACUUAGCUGCAUGGCAAAGAGAUUCAGCCACGACCCAUAAGAUCGGAAGAACAGGCGGUAACUACAUUUCACUCUCUAAAACCCAUGCUUGUUUGUGGUUUCUUGAAAACAAGUACCACCAUUUGUUUAUGUAAGGGUUCCUUUUGGGGGAGAGGGUUUUUUAAACUUGUAUGCCAACAAAUACAGUUACGCUAUGAGGAUUUAUUUUGUAUCUUUUUAAGGUACAACUAUUGCUGGGGUGUACAUUGUAUCCCCAGACUGUGGGUACUACCUGUGUGGCAAGAUUAACCCUUUCUGCAUCUACCCAAGAACUCUGGGACAUUACAAUAUUUUCACAAAUUUUUGGAAGAAUAUACACUGAAUAAUAUAUGCUGUAGAUACUUUUAAGGUUUCUUAUAACUAAUUGAAAUUUAAGAGUAUAAAGUGGUUGUUUUCUUUCAUAAUAUUAUUUGUGGAGUGCCCAGUAUAACAUUGAGGGCUUCUCCAAUAUAGUGCUAACACGUUUUAAUCUUUUUGUACUGUAUUUUGUGAAAUUUUAAGGAUAUUUCUAGUGUGUUUUUUUUUAGCAGCUUUCAUGUAUUUUAUAUUAAUAUUUUCAUUCUAGUUUUUACUCAUUUAUUGUGCUGUCUUAUUAGCUUUUGUAUAAGCGUGUGUAAGUGUCUGUAAACUUAAAGUCUGAGAAUAUCUGUUUGACUGUGUAUGUUAUGUAACUUAAAACCUUUAUAAAACAAUCACUUCAGUUAAUCUCUUAGUUAAUAUUUCUUGUUUUAAAUUUGUAAUAUUUGCCGUUAGUGCUGGAUGACACACACUUGAACCCAGUGUGUGUCAUCCUUGGGUCUUUGAUCUUCUCUUUGUUAGCAGUGCUGACAGCUGUUCUUCUAUCUAUGAGACUCCCUCUUUGUGGAAAUGCAAGCAAAAAUAUAUUUUGUGAUAAUAUGUCCUUUUUAAUGUUGUCAUGUGUGGAUUCGUCUGCAAAUUACAUCUAUGGGAUAACGAUCACUGUAUUAUUCUUAAUAGUCACCACAGGAAUAAUAAUUUAUUCUUAUCUGCAGAUUUUUAAUAUAUGCAUUAAAUUGACCGAAAGUUCAUAUAGAAAAGCUUUAAGUACAUUGGUGAGCCACCUACUUAAUUUUUCAAUAUUUAUGGUUGGCACACUUUUUAUUUUUGUUCGACUUAGACUUGAUAGCAGCAAACUCCCACUUUUUUCGCACAUUCUUCUGUCUGUUAAUAUUGUCCUGUUGCCACCACUUCUCAAACCUCUUAUAUAUGGAAUAAGGACAGAAGCAUUAAGAAAUAAGAUGACUUGUCACCUACAGAAAAUAUUCACACCUGUUAAAUUUCAAGUUACAUUUUCUUAAAUGUAAGCACAACCAAUGUAUUAAUUUACCAUAUGAAACAAAAUAUACAAAGACCAUACAUGCAUUGUGGAAAUAAAUAUGUGAUAAAACAUUUGAUGUGAUCUGUUACUAAUUGUUUUCUCACAGCCGGAAGCACUCUUCAUUAAGUUAAGCAUGGUGGUGCAGGGCCCAACUCAUGAGAGAUUAGUGGCAUUUGGAGAUGUAGUGUUGGAAGUGAAAGCAGAAAAAACAGAAAUGAUGGAACAGCAGAAGGAUUGGGGGCCAGAAUAUGGAUCUGUUAUGAGUUGUUGGAUUCUAAGCAGGAAAACAGUUGUAAGGAGAGCAGUUACUGACCCUAAGAGUCCAAGAUUAAAUAAGGGAAAAGGAUGAAUGGAGUAUGUGGGUGAGACAAAUACCUGCAAAGCCAGGAACAGGACAGGUAGGACUGCACACUCAACAAUUGCUGAGGUGGAAACCAUAAGGUGGCCUAAUUUGACCCAUUAUUAAAAAAAACUACCCUGUUUAAACCAUCUUGUAAAAUGAAAGUGACCUGUUUCAGAAAAAUAAAUUAAUAAGUCCAGUAAGCUAAAAGUGAUUAGCCAGGUUUCGAACCCGUCAGUGGCUCAGAACCUCGGAUGCCGUCAACCAUACUUGGAUCAGUAAUAGGAUCUGUUGAAUGUCUUAAGAUAUUGUGCAAUGUCAGCAAGAGAAAUGUUAAAAUCAGGAUGGGACUAGAGAGCUUAUGUAUAAAAACCAUAGGAAGAGCAGGACUAUAAUGAGAGGUAACACUUGGAAGUAGAUGAUUAACAGAAUGAUACGCAUUAAGAUGUAGAAGGUAUACUUGUUUCGAAAGACUCCAAAGAUCCCAGUACAGCCACUGGAACCAGUAGGUAAAUUUCAGAACACAACACUUCUGCUGUAUAUUAAGCUAGAUAUAAAUAUAUUUUUGCUAUAUCUCUACAUUUGCUUUCAUACUUAAAAAUGCAAUAAUCAGCUUAGAGAAACGUCUGGGUUAGGAAUAUAUGUAUGGUCUCUUGCAUAAUGCUAUUCAGGGUGUCUUUAUAUGUAAUAUUAUUAUUAUUAUUAUUAUGUUAUUUAUAUAGCACCAUCAAAUUCCGCAGCGCUUUCCAAUGGGUGGACGAACAGACGUAGUUGUAACCAGACAAGUUGGACACACAGGAACAGAGGGGUUGAGGGCCCUGCUCAAUGAGCUUACAUGUUAGAGGGAGUGGGGUAAAGUGACACAGUAACAGAGGGAUUGAGGGCCCUGCUCAGUGAGCUUACAUGCUAGAGGGAGUGGGGUAAAAUGACACAAAAGCUAACUAUAGUAUUAGAAUAGUGACAGUUGCAGAAGAGGAAUCAGUCGGGAGCUAUUAACAGUUUAAUUGAUAUGAUUUUAUGAAGAAGUGGGUUUUUAACAAUUUUUUGAAGGAGUGGAGACUGGGUGAGCAUCUAACAGAGGAGGGAAGUGAGUUCCACAGAAACGGUGCAGCCCUCAAGAAAUCUUGAAGGCAAGCAUGGACAGAAGAUAGACGUAAGUCUGCAGCAGAUCAUAAGGGCCUAGACGAGACAUACUUGUGUAUAAGGGAGGAUAGAUAUGUGGGAGCAGCAUUAUGUAGAGAUUUGAAAGCAAGAAACAGAAUUUUAAAUUGAGCUCUAUAUCUUAUAGGAAGCCAAUGUAGGGACUGACAGAAGGGUGAGGCAUGGGAGGUGCGGGUGAUGCGGGUGGACAGGAAGAUGGGCCUCGCCCCACAUUCAUUAUGGACUGUAACGGCGCAAGUUGGGAGCAUGUAAGACCACUGAGAAGUGGAUUACAUUAAUUAAGGUGAGAAAGGACAGUGGAAUGGACCAGCACCUUAGUCGCAUCUGGCGUUAAGUACGGGCGGAUGCGCGCAAUGUUUUUGAAAUGGAAAUGACAGGAUUUGACGAUAGACUGAACAUGAGGCUUGAAGGAGAGGUCGGAGUCAAAGAGAACACCUAGGCAGCGAGCCUGUGUGGUGGAGCUGAUGGUAGCACCAUUGACUUGGAGACAGACAGACACAGGAGUAAACAUAGAAACAUAGAAUGUGAUGGCAGAUAAGAACCAUUCGGCCCAUCUAGUCUGCUCAAUUUUCUAAAUACUUUCAUUAGUCCCUUGCCUUAUCUUAUAGUUAGAAUAGCCUUAUGCCUAUCCCACGCAUGCUUAAACUCCUUUACUGUGUUAACCUCUACCACUUCAACUUGAAGGCUAUUCCAUGCAUCCACUACCCUCUCAGUAAAGUAAUACUUCCUGAUAUUAUUUUUAAACCUUUGUCCCUCUAAUUUAAGACUAUGUCCUCUUGUUGUGGUAGUUUUUCUCCUUUAAAUAUAGUCUCCUCCUUUACUGUGUUGAUUCCCUUUAUAUAUUUAAAUGUUUCUAUCAUAUCCCCCCUGUCUCGACUGUCCUCCAAACUAUACAUAUUAAGAUCCUUUAACCUUUCCUUGUAAGUUUUAUCCCUGAACCAGUUUAGUAGCCCUUCUCUGAACCCUCUCUAAGGUAUCAAUAUCCUUCUGAAGAUACGGUCUCCCGUACUAUGUACAAUACUCCAAGUGAGGUCUCACCAGUGUUCUGUACAAUGGCAUGAGCACUUCCCUCUUUCUACUGCUAAUACCUCUCCCUAUACAACCAAGCAUUCUGCUAUCAUUUCCUGCUGCUCUAUUACAUUGUCUGCCUACCUUUAGGUCUUCAGAAAGAUUCACCCUUAAAUCCCUUUCCUCAUAUGUUGAGGUUAGAACUCUAUCAAAUAUUCUGUACUCUGCCCUUGGGUUUUUACGUCCAAGAUGCAUUAUCUUGCACUUAUUCACAUUAAAUGUCAGUUGCCACAAUUCUGACCAUUUUUCUAGUUUACCUAAACAAUUUGCCAUUUGGCUUAUCCCUCCUGGAACAUCAACCCUGUUACAUAUCUUAGUAUCAUCAGCAAAAAGACAUACCUUACCAUCAAGACCUUCUGCAGUAUCACUAAUAAAAAUAUUAAAGAGAAUGGGUCCAAGUACAGAUCCCUGAGGUACCCCACUGGUGACAAGUCCAAGCUUCGAAUAUAUUCCAUUAACUACAACCCUCUGUUGCCUGUCACUCAGCCACCUUACCCAUUCAACAAUAUUGGAAUCCAAACUUAAAGAUUGCAGUUUAUUGAUAAGCCUUCUAUGUGCAACAGUGUCAAAAGCCUUACUGAAAUCUAGGUAAGCAAUGUCUACUGCACCACCCUGAUCUAUAAUUUUAGUUACCCAAUCAAAAAUCAAUAAGAUUAGUUUGGCAUGAUCUCCCUGAAGUAAACCCAUGUUGUCUCUGAUCUUGAAAUCCAUGUGUUUUUAGAUGUUCAACAAUCCUAUCCUUUAACAUGGUUUCCAUCACUUUCCCCACUACUGAAGUAAGGCUUACUGGCCUAUAGUUGCCCGACCAAUCCAAUCUUCUGGGAGUAACAACACUUGAGAGAGGAAAGACCAGAAUUUCAGUUUUGGUCAAGUUCAGUUUAAGGAAGUAGGCAGCCAUCCAGUUAGAAAUAGCAGAGAGACAGUCAGAGACACUGGUCAAGAGGGACGGGGAGAGAUCAGGACAGGACAAGUAGAUUUGCGUGUCAUCUGCAUAGAAAUUAUAUUGGAAGCCAAAGGAGCUAAUGAGUUUACCAAAGGAGGCAGUAUAGAUGGGGAACAGUAGGCGACCAAGGGUAAAGUGACACAGUAACAGAGGGAUUGAGGGCCCUGCUCAGUGAGCUUACAUGCUAGAGGGAGUGGGGUAAAAUGACACAAAAGCUAACUAUAGUAUUAGAAUAGUGACAGUUGCAGAAGAGGAAUCAGUCGGGAGCUAUUAACAGUUUAAUUGAUAUGAUUUUAUGAAGAAGUGGGUUUUUAACAAUUUUUUGAAGGAGUGGAGACUGGGUGAGCAUCUAACAGAGGAGGGAAGUGAGUUCCACAGAAACGGUGCAGCCCUCAAGAAAUCUUGAAGGCAAGCAUGGACAGAAGAUAGACGUAAGUCUGCAGCAGAUCAUAAGGGCCUAGACGAGACAUACUUGUGUAUAAGGGAGGAUAGAUAUGUGGGAGCAGCAUUAUGUAGAGAUUUGAAAGCAAGAAACAGAAUUUUAAAUUGAGCUCUAUAUCUUAUAGGAAGCCAAUGUAGGGACUGACAGAAGGGUGAGGCAUGGGAGGUGCGGGUGAUGCGGGUGGACAGGAAGAUGGGCCUCGCCCCACAUUCAUUAUGGACUGUAACGGCGCAAGUUGGGAGCAUGUAAGACCACUGAGAAGUGGAUUACAUUAAUUAAGGUGAGAAAGGACAGUGGAAUGGACCAGCACCUUAGUCGCAUCUGGCGUUAAGUACGGGCGGAUGCGCGCAAUGUUUUUGAAAUGGAAAUGACAGGAUUUGACGAUAGACUGAACAUGAGGCUUGAAGGAGAGGUCGGAGUCAAAGAGAACACCUAGGCAGCGAGCCUGUGUGGUGGAGCUGAUGGUAGCACCAUUGACUUGGAGACAGACAGACACAGGAGUAAACAUAGAAACAUAGAAUGUGAUGGCAGAUAAGAACCAUUCGGCCCAUCUAGUCUGCUCAAUUUUCUAAAUACUUUCAUUAGUCCCUUGCCUUAUCUUAUAGUUAGAAUAGCCUUAUGCCUAUCCCACGCAUGCUUAAACUCCUUUACUGUGUUAACCUCUACCACUUCAACUUGAAGGCUAUUCCAUGCAUCCACUACCCUCUCAGUAAAGUAAUACUUCCUGAUAUUAUUUUUAAACCUUUGUCCCUCUAAUUUAAGACUAUGUCCUCUUGUUGUGGUAGUUUUUCUCCUUUAAAUAUAGUCUCCUCCUUUACUGUGUUGAUUCCCUUUAUAUAUUUAAAUGUUUCUAUCAUAUCCCCCCUGUCUCGACUGUCCUCCAAACUAUACAUAUUAAGAUCCUUUAACCUUUCCUUGUAAGUUUUAUCCCUGAACCAGUUUAGUAGCCCUUCUCUGAACCCUCUCUAAGGUAUCAAUAUCCUUCUGAAGAUACGGUCUCCCGUACUAUGUACAAUACUCCAAGUGAGGUCUCACCAGUGUUCUGUACAAUGGCAUGAGCACUUCCCUCUUUCUACUGCUAAUACCUCUCCCUAUACAACCAAGCAUUCUGCUAUCAUUUCCUGCUGCUCUAUUACAUUGUCUGCCUACCUUUAGGUCUUCAGAAAGAUUCACCCUUAAAUCCCUUUCCUCAUAUGUUGAGGUUAGAACUCUAUCAAAUAUUCUGUACUCUGCCCUUGGGUUUUUACGUCCAAGAUGCAUUAUCUUGCACUUAUUCACAUUAAAUGUCAGUUGCCACAAUUCUGACCAUUUUUCUAGUUUACCUAAAUCAUUUGCCAUUUGGCUUAUCCCUCCUGGAACAUCAACCCUGUUACAUAUCUUAGUAUCAUCAGCAAAAAGACAUACCUUACCAUCAAGACCUUCUGCAAUAUCACUAAUAAAAAUAUUAAAGAGAAUGGGUCCAAGUACAGAUCCCUGAGGUACCCCACUGGUGACAAGUCCAAGCUUCGAAUAUAUUCCAUUAACUACAACCCUCUGUUGCCUGUCACUCAGCCACUGCCUUACCCAUUCAACAAUAUUGGAAUCCAAACUUAAAGAUUGCAGUUUAUUGAUAAGCCUUCUAUGUGCAACAGUGUCAAAAGCCUUACUGAAAUCUAGGUAAGCAAUGUCUACUGCACCACCCUGAUCUAUAAUUUUAGUUACCCAAUCAAAAAAAUCAAUAAGAUUAGUUUGGCACGAUCUCCCUGAAGUAAACCCAUGUUGUUUCUGAUCUUGAAAUCCAUGUGUUUUUAGAUGUUCAACAAUCCUAUCCUUUAACAUGGUUUCCAUCACUUUCCCCACUACUGAAGUAAGGCUUACUGGCCUAUAGUUGCCCGACCAAUCCAAUCUUCUGGGAGUAACAACACUUGAGAGAGGAAAGACCAGAAUUUCAGUUUUGGUCAAGUUCAGUUUAAGGAAGUAGGCAGCCAUCCAGUUAGAAAUAGCAGAGAGACAGUCAGAGACACUGGUCAAGAGGGACGGGGAGAGAUCAGGACAGGACAAGUAGAUUUGCGUGUCAUCUGCAUAGAAAUUAUAUUGGAAGCCAAAGGAGCUAAUGAGUUUACCAAAGGAGGCAGUAUAGAUGGGGAACAGUAGGCGACCAAGGACUGAACCUUGGGAAUUGGCUGCAGGCAUUCUGUAUCCUCGCCAGUGUUAUCGGUGAGAAGACGUUGGGAAUUUGCGCUUCCUUAUUUUGCCACCAUGGUAUGGUGAAAAUAUGACCAGCAAUUCCGUCAGCGACUAUCGGCUAAUCCUGGUGUGUAGGGGCAUCAGAUGGAUGAAACUCAUGAUGUCUCAAAAAGCAUCGCUCUUUCAGCAUGUGGCCGACGUGUACAGGCAGUCCCCUAAGUUGGCUUCCCGCAGGAAGGGUUUCUGCUGGCUCUUUUAAUGAGGGCCAAUGCAAGUGGGGAGCCACUUGCAAAUACAAGCACGAGUGCUCCGACUGCGCAUGGACUCCACCAGUGUUUUAAAAAUGAAAGGGGGGGGGGGUGCAAGGCUAAGCCUUUACAGUCAUAGGGCAGAUGCUGCGUUAUUGAGUGCAAGUCUCCAGGAGGAUUUCAUCAUCCCUUUUCAGGAUAGGGUUUACUUCGUAAUCUGAAGUCGGUAGAAGGCCGGAUCUGCUGGUCUUGCAUGCAGGAGGUAAUGACCUUGGGCUUAUCCCUUAGCGUCUCCUGGUGAAAUGAAUUAAGCACGAUAUUAAUCGGAUUAGAGCACGGCUUCCGGAAGUGCAAUUGGUUUGGUCAGAAAUAGUUCCCAGGCUCUGUUGGCGGCACACACAGGAUCUGGUAGUGCUUGAGCGCUGCUGGACUAAAGUGAAUAGAUUGAUGGCUAGCUUUGUCAGAAAAGUGGGUGGAGUGGUGGUCAGGCACACGGAGAUGGAGGAUGUGUUAGCAGGCUAUUUCUGCCCUGAUUGGGUCCAACUCUCGGACGUGGGGUGGGACCUGUUUAAUUUUCAUUUGCAGGAAGUUUUGGCCAAGGCGUUGUUUCUGUGAGGUGGUGGAGCUCAUGCGGCUUAAGGGUUCAAGGUCUGAGCUUGUGGUGGGGUGGGAUAAGGAAGUUUAAGUAAAAACAAGCCUUAGUUAGUAUAUGAGUUGGGGCAGUUAGUUGAUUGGUUAAAAGGGUACACUGUUUGUACAAGUUUUGCUAGGUUUCGAACCCGUCAGUGGCUCAGAACCUCGGUGGUGUAGGAAUAUAUGGGUAUACCCCUACCAGGAUUAAACAAAAAAAUGUUGGCACUUUACAUAUUCAUAUUUAUGUGGUUGUAAUAUAUUGUUAUGUUGUGUUGGGGGUCAUUGCCUUUGAUUUAAAGAUGGGGGAGAUGGCAUAAUAUGGGGUGGGGGGGGUAGCGGGUAAUGACCUUUAUAUAUUUGUACAUAAUAAUUUAUUAUCUUUAUUAUUAUUAAAGCUGUGGAAAUUUGACCCAUACAUAAGAGUGUCAGUGUCUUAUUGGGUGGGUUUGGGAUCAGGUAUUUUCAAAACUUGCAUUUAAUGUGUGCACAUCCACCUCCAUUGAUGCCAACCAAUAUUUACCAGUUUGCAAAUUGGUAUCUUACAAUUCCACCAGGACACAAUAACAGGUUCCCUCAACGUAUGUUCACUUUACUUGCUAUCAUCUCAGCAAGUUGCCCUUUAGUUUGCAUUACUUCUGACUUGCCAAACUUCACAUGUAUUUAUUGAAAUUGACAUACACCAUGCUUAUAGAUACAUGCAGGAUGCAUACUGCCAACACUUGGAACCCUAUCUACCUCUCCCUUUAAUUAUUCUUUCAGUAGGUGGGUCCACUUUAUUCUGACCUACUUGACCAUCCGUUUCGGCACACCACAACCGAUUUGCCUUACUUGUACUGCCUCUAACCUUAUUAAAAAAAUAAUAAUAAUAAUAAUAAUAAUAUAUAUAUAUAUAUAUAUAUAUAUAUAUAUAAAAAUAUAUAUAUUAUUUUUUUUCUAAUGCUUAACAAUGCGUGACAUUAUUAUACAUCAAAUAAUUGGUAACGCAGCCAUUAUAUUUAAAGACAUCCUGAAUAGCAUUAUUUAAAAGACCAUACAUAUAUUCCUAACUCAGACAUUAUUCUAAGCUGAUUGUUGCAUUUCUAUAUUUAUUUUAUUUAUUCAGGUUAUAACAUUCAUCAAGCGAAAACGCCAAUAUAUCUUUUUUAUACAAAGACAUAAUAAUAUUAUAUAACAUUAAAUAGCUAGAGUUUCCAUAUGAAAUAUAGUAUUCAGUGAAAACCAUCAAUUAUGUAUAAAUAAUAUACAGUUGCAAGAAAAAGUAUGUGAACCCUUUGGAAUGAUAUGGAUUUCUGCACAAAUUGGUCAUAAAAUGUGAUCUGAUCAUCAUCUAAGUCACAACAAUAGACAAUCACAGUCUGCUUAAACUAAUAACACACAAAGAAUGAAAUGUUGCCAUGUUUUUAUUGAACACACCAUGCAAACAUUCACUAGACAAAGCAUUUGGGUUUUAACAUUAUUAAGCCCCUGACAUUCCCACCAUAUAUGAUAUACAGUGCCCUCCUCAUUUCCUCAUCUCCAGCAAAUCCUAGAAUAAGCAGAUGAUAUUUUGUGGAGUCAAGCCGGUACCAUAUAACAUCUAUUUAUUACUUUAAAUGAGUUUCGUAAAGGGAGACACUAUGUAGACAACGCUUUACUAGGAGUGUAGCUUUGGUCCAUUCCAAAAGUGGAAAGGAUUCCCCAAUAUCUCGUUCCCAUUUAAUAAAGGAGGUAACAUUCCAUUGAUUCUAAUCAUUUAGUAAAUCUAGAAAUCCCUCCCUUCUUUUUUUAUAGCACUAUAAGAGGAUUGACAUUAUGGUCCUUGAGUACAAUUCUAGAUAAUAGAAAAAUUUUAAUCCUUAAAUAUUGAAAAAGAUCUCAGGGGGGAAGGUUAUAUUUUGCUUGCAUUUGUAUGAUGGUUUAGACCCAUCCAAUAAGUCAGAAAUCUUCAGUAUGCCUAGGUGUAUCCAGGGUUGAACAUUUAUGUCGUCCAUUACGUGUUGUAGGACUGCUAAUGGAACACCAUAUAGUAAUUUGUCCUCCAGAUUUAAUUUUUUAUUUAGUAUUUCCGAGGUGUUAAUCGUAUCUAUUAAUAUUUUAUUGGAAAAGUACUUGGUAUCCAAAUCCCCUAGUUUCAAGAUACCUAACCAAAAGAGAACGGAGUCCUGCACAAGUUAAUUCACUGGUCUUGAGUAGGCUCCUCCACAAUCUUAAUGCUUAUCAUUUUGUGAAUCUUCUACUUUCUAGUGUUGCCUCUUAUUAUGGUCCUCCUCUUCCUAUGGCUUUGAUACAUAGGCUCACUAGACCCAUCUUGAUUUUAACAUUUAUCUCGCUGCCACUCAAUAGUAUAUUUAGACAUUCAUCAGAUCUUCUUCAUGUUUUACAUACUGUUGGCUGUAUCCUCGACCUCCUAAUUGACUCAUCACUUGUAGCUUGCUGGCCUUUUUAAUUUCUGUUUCUAAAACAGGUCAUUUUUAUUUUUCAAUACAACAGCUCAUUUCUUUAUAAUGGGUAAAAUUAGGUCACCUUAUUUUCAGGUUUCCACCUCAAAAAAUGUUGACUGUGCAGCCAUACCUGUAAUGCUACUUGCUACUUUGCUACUUGCUACUUUGUAGGUUUAUUAUUUCACCUUGAACUAGUAACUAUUCUCCUUCCAACUGCUUUCCUGCCUACAAUCCAAGACCUCUUAAUAUAUCCAUCUUGUAAUCCCCAGUCCUACUACAGUCUUCUUCAUGUUAAUGCGUUUUAAUUUAUCUGCCAACACAUCCUCUGCACAUUACACACACCACUCAGACAUCAUUACACACCCCCUCUUACACUCUCCUUUUCCCCUCCCCUGUCGUAAAUACCUUCAUUAACUGUUCUAUCUCUAUUCCUCAGGCCUCACUUCACAAUCAACUCAGUGAAGACUGCAUUUUUUCACCCCACUAGAUAGAUAGUUCAAUGAGGCACAGUGAUAAGGCAGGUGUUCAUCUAGUGGAUUAUAGUAUGGCCCUUACUAGAGGAAGCCAAUGAGUUGGACCCUGCACUAUCACCAUUGUUCAAUGAAGAGAGCUUCCAGCUGUGAGGAAACAGUUAGUAACUUAUCACAUUAAAUAUUUUAUCACAUAUUUAUUUUCACAGUGCAUUGAUGGCCUCUGUAUUUUUUGUUUCUUAGGCAGCAGUAAUACAUUGGAUGCUAUUAUUUUAAAUGUGAUUUUCUUUUUUUAGAAAAUGUAACUUGAAAUUUAACAAGUGUGAAUAUUUUCUGUAGAUGACAAAUCAUUUUAUUUUUUUAAAUUUUUAUAUUUGACAAUUUUUAUUGUUUUCACAUAUUGUUCAAGGAGGGCCGGGUGAUGGGGAGGGGUACAGAAGAAAAGGAGGGGAAAGGGGGAAGGGGUAAGCAUCACACAAGCAUUUCCAUAUAGAGUUACAUCAAGCCGUUACAUAGUUACCCUUAUUUCCGACUAUGCCUUAUUCUGGGCGAGUAAGUCUAUGCGGUACAUAUGUUCUUGGUUUUGGAUUUAUGAUUGUAGAUGUUAGAUUUUGAUGUUUGUGACCUCGUUGAGUCUGGUCCAGUAUCCUCUAUCUAUCUAUAUACCCAGCCUUCCUUCUUUUCUUUCCCAAUUAUUUUGUGUUUCAGGAGGGGUGUGGUAGGUAUUCUUUAUGUUGGGUGCUCCCGUCGCCACGUCUCCCACCUCUCCCAGGUAGCCAGUGUCAUUUCAUUUGGGGGGCAUACUGUAUUGAAUCGUUUCUCAUAAAUGUUUUGGUUGUCUAUUUCUGCUAGCACUAAUUCUAUAGGCGGAGUAACGUGAGUUUUCCAUGCCCUUGCGAUUGCGCGUUGGGCAGUGAGUAGGAGAUGGUAUAUGAGUUUUUUUAUAUAGGGAGGUGUCUUGGGGGGAGCACAAGCAAGAGGUACGUGCUUGGUUCGUAUUGUGGUUCGUCGAGUGAGAGUUCCUUAAGUACCUUCUGGACGGCUUUCCAGAAAGGCUGUAUCAGUGGGCAGUGCCACCAGACGUGUACCGUGGUACCAAUAUGUUUGGUGCAUCUCCAGCAUUCUGGUGAGCUGGAUGGGUAGAGUUUGUGUAGCUUUUCGGGGACCAAGUACCACCUAUAUACCAUGUGCUGCUCUAUGAGUGUGGCUGAUUUUAUCAGUUUUCUAGGGGAGGUCAUUAGAUCUUCCCAUUGUUGGUUGGUUAGGUCUGUGCCCAGCUCCCUCCCCCAUUGUAUUGCCGGUGAGGCUUCUGCUAGUGGAGUGUAUUGUAGAAUCUGCUUGUAACAGGAUGAUAGUGGUCGGUAUAUCUUUGGGAGUCUACGCUUGAUGCAUAUGUCUUCCCAAAGGGUGUGUAUAUGUGGGCCUGGGUCCUGCUGUGUGCUAUCUGGGUUGUGGUUAUGGAGGAAUGAUGCUAGUUGUCUGUAUGAAAAGUGCGAGGUAUUCGGUAUGUUAUAUGUUUGUUGUAGUGUAUUGAAGUCUGUGAGCCUUUUCCCUGUGUGGGCCUUUGCUAAGGUCGUGACACCUCUAUCGUGCCAUGGUGUUGCAUGAAAUGUAGGUAUGCAGUAUGUUAGUGCCUGUAUUGGUGUGGCUUGUGAGACUUGGGAGUUCGAGCUAAGUUUGUUCCUGUGUGUGUCCCAAACCUGUAGGAGUAAGUUGAUCUGCUCAGGGGGGUCUACCAUUGGUGGUCUAAGUGGUUUGGGGAGCCAUAUUACAUGUGAUAGUUCGUAUGGUUCCGUCAGGUGUCAUUCCAAUGUCACCCACUGUGGGGGUGGUUGAUCUAUCAGGUGUGGUAAUGUCGCUGCUAAUAUGGAAGCAUGAUAAUAGGCUCGUAUGUCUGGGACUGCCAGGCCGCCUGCCCUCUGCGGAGCUGCUAGCAGUUUCCUCGCUACUCGUGGUUUCUUGCCGUCCCAUAUGAAUGCGUUGGCAUCUCUUUGGACUGUUUUAAAGUAUGUUUGGGGGAUUUUUAUGGGCAACGUUCUGAAGAUAUAUUGUAGCCUGGGGAGUAUGGACAUUUUCAAUGCUGUCACUCUUUCUGUCCACGUAAGGAACAGAUGCUCCCAUUUUUUGAGGGUUGACUUGCACUCCUUCCAGACUCUAAUAUAAUUCCCCGUUAUCAAAUCUUUGUGCUGUCUGGUGAUGUGGAGCCCUAGGUAUGUUAUAUAGUCUUUCCUCCAUUCAAAAUCGUAUUUAAUGCGUAGCGAUUCAGUUAAAGUUGAGGGAAGGUUAAUCCCCAUGGCUUGUGUUUUCGAAGAGUUUAGGGAGUAGUACGAUAGGUGACCGUAUGUUCUUAUUGCCUGCAUUAUGUGAGGUAAUGAAUCCUGGGGUUGUGUUACAUAGAGUAAGACGUCAUCUGCAAAGGCACUGAUUUUGUAUUCGAUGUUCUUUACUGUAAUACCCUUAAUCUCGGGGUGGGCCCUGAUGGUGCGAAGGAGGGGUUCCAGUGCCAACACAUAUAGGAGAGGGGAGACUGGGCAACCUUGUCUCGUCCCAUUAGAGACGGCAAAGGGGUUGGAUUUGAAUCCUGAUUGGAGGACUUGUGCUGCUGGGGUGGAGUAUAGGGCGAAUAUUUGAUUUAUCGUUGUUUGGGGGAGUCCGUACGCUCUUAGGGUUCUGUCUAGGAAGGUCCAGUUAAGGCGAUCAAACGCUUUUUCUGCGUCCAGGGCUAGUAACAGUCCUUCUUUCCUAUGUCUCCGUAGGCCCUCUAGUAGUAAAGUCAGUUUUCUAGUGUUAUCUAAUCCCUGUCUACCAGUCACGAACCCGGUCUGGUCAUCCCCUAUGAGGUCGGGUAGUAUGUCUUUGAGUCUGUUGGCUAGUAUUUUAGCGUAUAUUUUGGCAUCAGUAUUAAGCAGUGAGAUCGGGCGAUAGUUUUGGCAUUUAUCUGGUGUCUUUCCUGGUUUGGGGAGUGUGACAAUUGUGGCCAGUAGCAUCUCCGGUGGUAAUGUUCCUGAGUUCGAUGCUGCAUGAUACACUCGUAGUAGGUGUGGGGCGAGUUCCUUGGCAAAGAGUUUAUAGUAGGCAUUGGUGAGGCCGUCUGCCCCUGGGGAUUUUCCAUUGGGGAGGCCUGCUAUUACUUUCAGGAUUUCCUGAAUUUCUAUGGGUUUUGUCAGAUUUGUUUUUUGUGUUUGAGAUAUUUGGGGGAGAUUGGUUUGUCUCAAGUAUUCGUCUAUGUCCUCGGGGCUUGCCCUGUGUGUGGUGUCUAGUGUUCGUAGAUUAUAUAGUUUGGAGUAGAAUUCAGCAAAUUCUUUGCUGAUGUCCGCUGGCGUGUGGUGUAUUUUGCCGUCUGCUCCCGUGAUUCUAGUAAUCUUUGUGUUGGCAUAUCUGGCUCUCAGUCUAUUGGCUAAGUAUUUACUGGCUUUGCCUCCGUUGUGGUAGACAUUGGCUUUUAAUCUAUAGAGUAAGGUUUUAGUUUUUUCUGCGUUUAAUUCGUUUAGCCUCGAGUGCAGCUUUUUUAGUUGUGCUGCCAGUGCUGGGGAGGGUUGUUGUUUGUUUUGUUUGGUUACUAGUGCUAUUCGUUUGUGGCAGUCUAGGAGUGUGGUUUGGUGGUGCCGUUUCAGGAAGGAUGCCCUUCUGAUAAAUACCCCUCUCAUAACCGCCUUAUGUGCUGACCAUACUGUAGUAUCUGAGACCCCCUGUCCUGCAUUUGUUGUAAAAUAGUUUUGGAGUGCUUCCCUACUCUCCCGCACAAAGGUUGGGUUCAGUAAAAGUGAGUCGUUCAGUCGCCACGUCCCCCUCCCCUUGAAUUGGUAGGCGUCCAGGAGAUCUAGGUACACCGGUCCAUGGUCUGAUCAUGUUAUUUCCCCUAUUGUACAUUUCUUCAGUUGUGCCAGGAGUGUCCUAUCUAGGAAGAUUGCGUCUAUGCGUGUGUAUGUGUUAUGAGCUCUUGAGUGGAAGGUGUAGUCCCUCUCCUCUGGGUUUAGUGCCCUCCAUGCAUCGUAUAAGUCAUAAUCUUCUAUCAACUUAGUGGUUAGUUUGCUUGUAGCGGCUAUUCUCUUUUUACUGUUACCUGUGAGAGUGGCUGUCGUAUCUAAUGUGGGCGACUGGAUACUAUUAAAAUCCCCGCAUAGGAUUAUAUUGCCUUGUUUAAUCCCGUCAAUUUUGUUAAGCAGCAUUCGCAGGUAUUGUCCCUGUCGCUCGUUGGGGAAGUAUGUGGCUAUCAGCGUAAGUUGGAUGCUGUUGAACUGGCCCACUAAUAUAAUAUAUCUACCCUUCGGAUCUAUACUCUUUUGGUGUAUGGUAAUUGCUACGUCUUUGUGAAUAAGGACUGUUACUCCCUUUGAUUUAGUGGCGGCCUGGGAGUGGAACUGAGUGGGGUACACCUUUGUGUAUAUUGCCGGGGUGUGGUCGUCCCUAAAGUGUGUCUCCUGGAUACAUGCUAUGUCGAUCUGGUUUUUCUUGAGGUCAUUCAGUAGUAGCCUCCUUUUACCCGGGGUGUUUAGCCCUUUUACAUUGUAGGUGACUAAUUUCAUAAUGGUGUUCUAGGUGGUCUCUAAAUCUAAUCGUGGGCAUAUCUGUAAUGGCACUUAGUUUGCUUGUCCUCGAAUCGGCAUGUUUAUGGGGUGGUGGUUGGCGUCUUUUGAUGCUUUGUGAGGGCUGGGGGUAGGGGACAGUAGAAGGUGAGAAACACAUAGGGGGUGUGGGACAAACAGGCAGGCAAUACGCCUGAAAGGGCUCCGUCUUGGGGAGCCAAGAUGCGCCGGGAGAAUUCCGGUCACAAUCGGUGGGGGGUGGGUGCAUGAGCCCGGUCGUAAUCCGGGGACUCAACCGUAGUUGCAGCAGUGGGAUCACAGCGUUGCAACAAAAGUAUAGAGGCGCCUUCUAGGAUUUCGAUCCAGGGGCCUUCCAAUGAGUUGGCCCUAGGGUAUAGCGCCCGUGCCCCAGAGGUCCUGUGAACUAACCCCUGAACCUGUAACUUUGGGCACCUGUACUUGGUAAUGUGGGUGCAAAAAACUAAACCAAACCAAGGGGGGAACAGAAUGAAUACAUUUGUUACUUUAAACUCACAUGCUUGUCAUCUUAAGUCUCUAGUGGUAUAUUCAUGGGUCUGUGACCGCUUGUCGCCUUGUGGAGGCAAGAGGUGACUGCGGUGUUCAGGCGGUUGACCAGUCUCUUGGUACUCUGGGGAUUUUAGGGCGGUGUUGUUUCACUUCCUCUGCGACCUGUAUGCCCCAGUCCUUGAGUUUAAGGAGCCCCAUUUCAGUGUUGAGUAUCACGUGCAUUUUCCCCUCGCGGUGGAUCAGUAGUUUGGCUGGGUAUCCCCACCUGUAGGCGAUGUUCUUCUCUCGCAGGGUCGCUGUGAUCUGGGUCAGACUUUUCCUAAACUGUAGUGUUUCUGCUGAUAAGUCGGCAAAAAUUUUGAUGUGUCCAUACGGGUCCGGCAUGCCUGCCGUUCUGCUUUCUCUCAUGAUCUGUUCUUUCACGUGGAAAAAAUGUACACGUGCGAUGACAUCCCUCUCUGUGGUGGGCGGCAUAUGUUGUGGCCGUCUUAGGCGAUGUACCCUGUCUACUACCAUCUGGUCUGGGUGGAUGGCUGGAGCUAGCGCUUGGAACAUGUCCUGGAGGUAGUCACCCAGGCCUGCCGGCAGUAUCGUUUCAGGGAUGCCCCUUAUCCGGAUGUUGUUCCUCCGGGAGCGGUCUUCCAGGUCAGCCACUUUUGUUUUAAGGUUAUUUAGUUGUGUUUCAUAGUCCUGCACUUUUUCAGCCAGGUAGUUAUGGGCAUCUGUGCAAUCAUCCAGUUUCUGCUCUAUUUGGGCUGUACGCUGGCCUAUGUCUGCAACAUCUUUCCUUAACUCUGUUGCUAGGUUGUGCAGUUGUUUCUUCAUAGCAGCCUGGAAGUUGUCAGCUAGUUCUGCUAGCAUGAGCCUCAUUGAGGUUGUGGUAAGGGGCUGCUCCUCUGCCAGGGAGGUGAUAGAAGUUGUAGGUGAUAUGGAUCCCUCGCGGGAGCAAUCUCCGCCGCCAUCUUGUACUCGGCCGCCGGUUUCCCGCUGUUUUUUCGCGGCGGAUCUGGCCAUAAAAAAGGACGCUCGUUCUUCUUUGGCAGCUUUUUGUUUCUGCCUCUGGGACAUUGUGGGUCUUUGGGUACCUUUAUUUUGUGCUCUGUAGUCCGUUUAGUUGUGCUCCGUCCUCAGUGCUGCGGGAGCUUUACAGACGUGCGUCCAUGCUGCUCGAGCUCCAGGCCACGCCCAAUCAUUUUAUUUUUUAAUGCGUUUGUCCGUAUUCCAUAAAAAAGAGGAUUGAGAAGUGGUGGGAAUAGGACAAUAUUAACAGACAGAAUAAUGUGGGCAAAAAAGUGGGAGUUUGUACUUAAAGCUUUUCUAUAUGAACUUUUGCUCAAUUUAAUGCAUGUAAUAAAAAUAUGCAGAUAAGAAUUCUUCCUGUGGUGAAUAUUAAGAAUAAUACAGUGAUCGAGAUCCUAUAGAUGUUAUUUGCAGCAGAAUCCACACAUGACAACAUUAAAAAAAAGACGUAUGCACAAGGCGGGAUAACGAGGCAGGAAAGGACACUUGGCAGAGCCAGGAUAAGACAUGAGGGGGCAACAGGAUGAUUGCAGGAAACGCUAAAAGAUUGGUUGACAAAAUGCUAGGAGCGGUCAAAGUCAAUAGAUGUGUGUAUGUAGUAUAAUCCUCAGCCCACUGGGGACUGGCAUCAUGUAUGACCUUGAACUACUAAUAUUUGCCUGACAACUCGAUUAGUAUAAUUCUUGCUGGGAAUGGAAUAUGUAUCUAUAAUGUAACUGUGUGUCGCCCCCCCAACCCCUUCUUUUCUGUACCCUACCCUCCCCCAACAUUAUGACAUGUUGAAACUCAAUAAACUUCAAAUUUCAAAAAAAAAAAGACGUAUGAUCACAACAUUUAUUUCUGAUCACAUUUCCACAAAGAAGGAGUCUCAUAAAUAGAAGAACAGCUGUCAGCACUGCUGCAAAACAGGCGAUCAAAGUUCCUAGGAUUAGAUUUACAGUCGUCCCAGUGGGAAACAAUGUCACAUACUGGAGGGGAUGCGCUACGGCCAAAUAUUGGUCGUAAGUCAGAAUUGUAAAAGAUGUUGCUUCAAAUAAUGUAAAAGUAAUGAGAAAAAGAACUUGGAUGUGGCAUUUAGUGCGUGAGAAUGUUUUAGAUGAUGUUAAGAGAUCAGCAAUAAACUUUGGAUAAAAGGUUGAGCUUCCAAAAACCCUGUUAAGAAUCAAGUUGCAUAUGAUAAUGUACAUUGGCUCAUGGAGGCUUUCUUCCAUUAGAAUCACAAACGCAAUCAUAACACUCACUAGGAUAAUAAAUAGAUAUGCAACAGUAAAAAGGACACAGAACAUAUACUUCAAUCCUUCCAUCUCCACAAUCCCGAGAAGCACAAGUUUUCAGGACUGGAGUAAUUUUCCAUUCUUCCCAAUUCUCCAAUGUCCAGAAUCCUGCAUAAUAAAAGUAGCUCAGCAUGAAAUGUCAUCUAUUUAUGCUGGUUGUGUAUACAGAGUUGUCUACACAUAUUCCAAUCAUUUAUUGAAAAUAUACACUUUGGUGGCCAAAACAUAAAAGUGUUAUGCUAUGUUAUACUAGCAUAUAUAUAUAUAUAAGGAACACAUUUAGUAAAUAUAACCCCAAAAAAUGCAUUCAUGUAUUUUUUAUGUUUUUUGGUGGUUAUUUGAAAAUAUAGCUUGCAAAACCUAUAUUCUGCAGCCUUUGCAAGCAUGCCCCUCUUUGUGCUAGGGAAUCAGAGGCUUCUUACUGAGAAGCCUUUGUGCUGGAGCCAUGAGUGCACACCCCUUUGUGACUUCCCUAUACUUUUCAAUGAGCCAUUCUUGAGAAUGGGGGAGCCAUGUGCAAGGAAACUUUAGUGGCUGUUGCCCGAGAUGUUUCAGCCCCCAUUUAUAAAACUGCUGAUUUAUAUUGAAAUCAGCACUAUUAUAAAUCGUCACAAACAUGACCUACUAUAGACACAGACUGAAGAUGAAAAGUGUUAUGUGUCUGAAGUGUGCCCUUAAAAGAGUGGUUACAAUUACUUCUCUUAUUAGCUAUCAAACAUAUAGUUUAUCUAUACAGUGAAAGAGAGAAAGGAAAAAAAAAUAGAGCAAGAAAAAUACAACAUAAAAAACGUAAUAAAGAUCGAUCACAUGGCCCCCUAUAGCUGGCUGUGGAUCUGCCAGCAGGGGGACUGUCUGAAAUAUCAGACAGUCCCCCUGCUGGUGGGAAAGUUAAAAAAAAAAAAAAGAAUUAAACAUGUGUAAAAUUAAAAUAUAAAUUUAUAUAUAUAAUAUAUGUAUAUCUAUUAUAUAUAUAUAUAUAUAUAUAUAUAUGCAUAUAUAUAUAUAUAUAUAUAUAUAAUAUAUAUACAUGUUAUAUAUAUGUAACGAUAUAAAGUGUAUUUUAAUAUUAAUAUAAGUACAUAUAUUAGUAUUAAAAUACACUUAGAAUGACAUAUACAUACCUAUAAUUACAAUAAUAAAUAAAAUAAUUAAAUAAAUAAAUAAAAUAUUGAAACAAAAUGUAAUAUAAAUUAUAUAUCCAUAUGUAAUUUCAUUCUAACUGUAUUUUGUUAUUAAUGUAUAUAUAUUGGUAACAAAAUACACUUACAAUGACAUUCUAUAUAUAUCUAUCUAUAUAUAAAAUACAAAUAACCACAUAUAUAUAUAUAUAUAUAUAGAUAAAUACAUAUAAUUACAUAAAAGAUUACAUUAGUAUACACGUAGAAUUUAAAUACCUAAAAAUGCAUAUAUAUUAAAAUUCUAUGUGUAUAUUUAAGUAAUCUUUUAACAUAAUUAUGUGAUUUGAUUAAUUAAAAUGUGAUUGACAUGCCUAACAACACAGGGAAAAAGUGCAGAGAAUUUAAUUCGCAAGUACUAUAUUUGACCCUGGAACUCUCCAAGACAGCAUAAAACCUGUACAUAGGGGGUACUGUUUUACUCGGGUGACUUCGCUGAAUUCAAAUACGUUUGCUUAUUGUCAUCUGGCACUUGGGAUCUGCAAAAGCACAAACACUGGUGCUCAACACCAGGGGGUGUGCGGUUACCCUGCACCAGGCCCUGAUAAUCCAUUUCCAAACAGUGACUCCUACUAUCAAGAUCAGGUAUACUGUGUCCCAGUCAUCGGACUGCCACCCCUGACACAUAUAUUCUGUACUCUGUGCUUGGGUUUUUACGUCCAAGAUGCAUUAUCUUGCAUUUAUCUACAUUAAAUGUCAGUCGCCACAACUCUGACCAUUUUUCUAGUUCACCUAAAUCAUUUGCCAUUUGGCUUAUCCCUCCUGGAACAUCAACCCUCUUAGAUAUGUUAGUAUCAUCAGCAAAAAGACAUACCUUACCAUCAAGACCUUCUGCAAUAUCACUAAUAAAAAUAUUAAAGAGAAUGGGUCCAAGUAAAGAUCCCUGAGGUACCCAACUGGUGACAAGUCCAAGCUUCGAAUAUAUUCCAUUAACUACAACCCUCUGUUACCUGUCACUCAGCCACUGCCUUACCCAUUCAACAAUAUUGGAAUCCAAACUUAAAGAUUGCAGUUUGUUGAUAAGCCUUCUAUGCGCAACAGUGUCAAAAGCCUUACCACCCUGAUCUAUUAUUUUAGUUACCCAAUCAAAAAAAUCAAUAAGAUUAGUUUGGCAUGAUCUUCCUUCCUUUUUUAUUUUAUUUGAAAUGGUUAGGGUAUCCGAGUACCAGAGUUUUUCUGCCAUUUUUGGAGUCAGUACUCUAUCUAUUUAAUCUUUUACACAUUAGCAUCAUGUUCAUGUUUUUUAUAAUAAACCUGUAACAGCAAGGAAUUGUUUCCUGUAUUUAUUUACUGCUCCAUUUAGUAAAUCUAUGAUUUGCCAAUUCGGUUGUAAUUCAGCCAUUUUUAGUUUAGUGAGUAACUCUGUGUUUGCAUUUAGGACAAUUUUUACGAUAUUUAAACAUAUUCAAGCUUUAUUGUUAUGUGUUUGGAAUGGGAGAAUUGGGGGUACUUUAGAAUUAUGUGCCUAAGGGUGUUCAUGAUGUAGAUCCGGCUCUGGACAGGGCACUUGUUUGGUAAUUACGGAAGUCCAACUAAAGAUACAUUGAAACUAGUUCUUCUCUAUAAGACACACUCACUUCCACAAUUGAGGUACAGUUCCAAACACUAUACAGGAAGUCCUUCCUGUUCUUUGCUUAAUAACUGUUCUAACUUAGUUACCCUAUUUAUAAAAAAACAAGAAUUCUCGUUAUUUCUCUGUCUUUAUAAAAUAGAUGUUGCCAAUACUGAUAAAAUGUCAUUUAAAUAUUUCUAAUUUUCAUCCAUUUGAAAUUUGCAUUGUAACUUGAUUGAAAUGUUCAUGUAAAAGUUAAAGAAAAUUAUUGGAAUAACAAAGUUUGGAAGGUAUACAAAUUGAAAAUGACAUAAUUUUCCAAUUCAUGAAAAAUUGCAUAAAUUAUUCAUUGAUAAUAAUGUUUUCUUUAACUAAGUGUAUUUAAAAAUGUAUUUUCAUGGGACAUGGUCUAAUUAAUAAGAAAUGUCAGGUUUCAUUAUUGUAUGUUCAGUGAACUUGUUUGUAAAAGGAAUUUAAUGGAGUCAUCUCUGCUGGGAAUAACUCAGAGGAAUAAGGAAUCAAGCAAAGACUCAGAGGAAUAAGGAAUCAAUGGAAGAAUAUUUAUACUGAGCUUACAGACAAUUCUUCAAUCCAUUUGUAACAGAGACUGGAUCAUAGGUACAGUGUUUCCAAGUAUCUGAAAAAAAAGUAAGUGAUUUUAAUAUGCUUGUUCUAGUAUUUGAACUGAUACAUAAUUCAUUCUAUAAUGUUUAUUCUCAAAGCUUUAAUUUGUCUCUAUUCUUUUCUGAGAUUCAUUUUACUCACUAUCAACACAAUUUAAGCUACAUUGAGGUGAACGGAUCACUGCUAUUUUCCAAUGGAUAUCAGGGACAGCAGUUACAAUAAUCAGAAAAUAGCCUAGCUGAAUUGCAAAUAAAUUGUAACUAAAUAAUUUACCUGUUAUAAGAGAAAGAAAGCAUUCUAAUAUGAGGGUAGGUCUUGAAGAAAAUGUAUUGUUGUGGUAUAUUUGCUAGGGGAAGAGGCGACGCUUGCUGGAGCAGUGAAUUGAUUUAAUAGCUUAACAUGCUGUUUCUUUUGAUUUUGUCAGUGGAAGUGGGACAAAACAAAUAGAAGGGAGUUUUCAUGGUUGUUUGUGAGCAGAUGGAUUAGCAAGCGUAUAGAGAGUUUUGGCUGAUUUUAGAAGUGGAAAUACAUCUGAAUAACCAAAUUUGCCUUUUGUGAGUGGCCAAGUGGGUAUCGCAUAGCAGAUGCAGUUGAAACAGUUAAAUUAUAACAACCAAAUAGCAUUGAACUGUUUUGUCAUUUAGGGAAUGACCCUACUGUCUUUCUCUCUUUCUUUGUUACACUGACCUAAACGACUUAGGACUGAUGGCAACUAGACCUUUUAACUAAUUCCAUUUAAUAAACCAUUUUAUCUUUUUUGUAUAUCCACUUUAACUUUAUGCUACACUCAUGCAGUUUAACUCCAAGAUCUUCAUCCAUUAAAACAUUGGUCUAUAAGUUUGUGCUCUUUUCUGGUUCUCCUCCUGCCUCUCCCAUCACUCUUUUAUUAUCUCCUUUGCUCUACUCUUCUUUAUAGCUCCUCUUUGUUGGUGUUCUCUAAGGUUCUGUUCUUGGUCUUUUCUUCAUCUACUCUACCUCAAUUGGUAAACAAAUCAGGUUCUGCGGCUUCAAAUAUCAUUGUAUGAUGAUAACACACAAUCUACUUGUCUAUUAUGAAUAUUUCUCCAUAAAUCCUCAAUCAUGUCUCAUCAUGAUUCAAGUGUCCCCCCUCCUGGCCCCUCCAAUGUGCCAAAGCCACAUUUGUCUUACAUUCAUACUUGCACCUCUGAUUCUCACCUUUAAGUCUUCUUUAGGGCUGCACCAUUCCUAAAAAUCUUUGUUAUACUCUUGCACAGUCUCCAUCCUUCAAAUAUCACUUUCCUUAAGAAGACAUCUCAAUUAAACAAAUUUCCCUCUCUUUUGCUUACAUCCCUCACUAGCUCAUUUAGCUUCCUCGCCUCCAUCUUUGUCACAUAACAAUUAAGAUUUUACUGCAAACUUGUAAUACAUCUUACCCUUACUAUUCGUGUUAGUUUACCCUGCCCCCUUAGAUGGUAUACUUACUUGAGCAGGGUCUUAAGCCCAACCUGUCUUGAAACUACUUGUUUGUUAGUCUACCUAUUUCACUGAUCUGCAGAAUAUGUUAGCACUCUAUAAAUAAUGAUAAUAUAUGAAUGCACAGUAUUAAAGAUUCAUUAGUGGAUUUUUUUGUAAUAAGUCAUUUAAAGUGUUUUGCUCUCAUUAAACAGGAUCCUCAAGAUCUGGUUUGAACAGACUACUCGAAGAUGGAAAAUAUAUCUAAUAUUGCAUCCAACCUUGAGCUUCUUGGAAUCAUGGAGAUGGAAGGAUUACAGUAUCUGUACAGUGCACUUUCACUUGCGGUAUAUUUAUUUAUAACACUAUUAAGUGUCAUGAUUGUGUAUGUGAUUUUGAAGGAGGAAAGCCUCCAUAAACCCAUGUACAUUCUCAUUUGCAACUUGUCUCUCAAUGGGAUUUUUGGAAGCAGCAUAUUUUUCCCAAAGCUAAUUGCUGAUCUAUUAACUUCAUCGAAAACGGUGUCGCGUGCUGGCUGUCUCGUCCAAGCUCUUUGUCUUCUUACUUUCAUUUAUUUUGAAAUAUCAACUUUUACAAUCAUGGCAUAUGACCAAUACUUUGCAGUGUCCUCUCCCCUUCAAUAUGUUGCUUUCAUGACCAUCGAGAAUACAGUAAAGCUUAUUGUGAGUUCGUCAGCCUUCUCUUUCAUGUCUGUAUUGAUUAGCAUAAUUCUGUCUGCCAGAGUUCCCCUUUGUGGAACACAAAUAAAGAAUAUAUUUUGUGAUAACAUGUCCAUUUUUAUACUGUCAUGUGUAGAUACUUCUGUCAAUAAUCUCUAUGGUAUCAUUGUUACUACAACAUUCUUAAUGUUCACUAUGGGAAUAAUCACCUAUUCAUAUAUCAAGAUAUUUAUUACAUGCGUUAAAGUGACCAACUAUUCAUAUAAAAAAGCAAUAUACACAUUAGUGACACAUUUACUUAAUUUCUCAAUAUUUAUGAUGGGUGCUCUUUUCAUUUUUGUUAGGUUUAGACUCAAUAGCAGCAAACUCCCACUUUUUGCCCACAUUCUACUCUCUGUUAGUGUUGUCAUUUUUCCUCCACUUCUCAACCCUCUGAUAUAUGGGUUAAGGACAAAGGCAUUAAAGAUUAAAAUGAUUAGUUGUCUACAGAAAAUGUGGUCUUUUGUAUGAAUGUAAAAAGUAAAUGUUCUUAAUCUUAUGUGAAAAAACUUUAUAUUAAAGAAUUAUGUUAAUUUUAAUAAGAUCUAAAAUAUAUCUAUAUUUAUGUAAAUAGAUACGUUAAUAGUAUCUUUCUGUAUAUACAGUUCUAAUCAAAAUUCUGCAUCCCUUAUUGAAAAGCAUGUGCAUUGUCAAACUUUUAUGGACUUUCAUCUGUUUGUAAAGAAAAAAAUCAAACAAAAGCAAUUUGAAUAGCUCGACAAAGCAAAUGCUUCAAGCGGUUUACCCAAAUUCAACUUCUCCAGUCUCAAAAUUAUUCAACCCCAUGAAAAGAACCCCUUCACAACAGCACAAAUAUGCAAAACAGGUGUUGUCUCAAGCACAAGUGAUGCACCUAAUCAAGGUGCUUGAGCUGGAAUAAUUGAAAUACCUGAACUGACUAGGGGUUUGUUGAGUGUCAUGUUUUACUGCAUGUUAGAAAUAAGUCAAACAUUCCAUAAAGUUACGAGAACAGAUCAUCGCCCUUCACAAACAAGGAACAAGAUACAAAAAGACAGCAAAGCACUGAAUGUUCCUAUAGACACCACUGGAAGCAUAGUGUGCAAGUUCAAAGUUAAAGGAACAAUGGUUACACUUCCUGGAUGGGGCAGAAAAAGGAAGCUAUCAAUGGCUGCAACCAGAUUUCUGAGAAAGCAGGUUGUGAAAAACCCUUGAGUGACUGCUAAAGACCUUCAUCAAGGCUUAAUGGCAACAGGCACUGAGGUUUCAGUGAGCAUAGUAAGGCAUGUACAAAAUGCAAAAGGUACAUGCCAGAACUUCAAGACGUACACCAAUACUGACCCUAGAGCACAAAAAAAGUUGUUUCCAGUAUGCUCAGACGCAUAUAAAUAAGUCACACAGGUUUUGGGAUGCUGUUCUGUGGUGCUAUGAAACAAAACUGGAACUUUUCAGCCCAAUGGAUCAGUGAUCUGUCUGGAGAAAGAAGAAUGAAGCAUAUGCUGAAAAGAAAACUGUGUCUACAGUUAAGCAUGGUGGUGGCUAAGUGAUGCUCUGGGACAGUUUAGCAUCUUCUGGUACUGGAACCCUGCAGCAUGUGAAAGGAAAGAUGGAUUCAUAGAAGUAUCAGUAAAUCCUAGAAGAAAUUGUCAUGCUGUCGGUGAGGAAACUGAAGCUUGGGCAUCAUUGGACCUUCCAACAAGACAAUGAUCCAAAUUGUACCUCAAAUUUCCCCAAGGCUUGGUUGAAGAAAAUGUCCAGUAAAAUUCUACAGUAGCCAUCACAGUCACCUGACUUGACCCCAUAGAAAUCUGUGGUGAAAUUUGAAGAAGGCUGUUGCAGCACGCAGUCCAAUAAUAUUACUGAACUGGAUACUUAAGAUGCUUGACAUGAAGGGACUGAAUAUUUUUGGAACUGGAAGUCAUCAUAAGUUGCAUGUUCAGUUGAACUUUGGGAAACCACUUGCAGAAAUUGUUGUAUUGAGCUAUUUCACUUGCUCUUGUUUGAUUUGUUCAUUGCAGAGCUGAAAGUCUGUCAGUUUUGACUAUUAGACUGAUAUUCAAUGGGGGGUUGAAUAAUUUUGAUUACAACUUUAUGUCUGUCUAUCUAUCUAUCUAUCUAUCAUAGUUGUGUAGUGGAGUGACAGAACUAGGAACUGUCACAGCCCUGCUUUAAGUAUAGGAUAUAAAAUUCCAGGCAGCACUGAGUGGUGUCAGUGACCGACUUCUAGACAGUUUUUUUCAGAUAUAUUUUUGCAGUUUGGAAUUCCACAAAUAACAGGUACACACACAUACCAUACACACAAGUACCUACGCAUAGUGUUAACCAGACACACAAACACACACUGCUUUCCACACUGUUACACUGUUACAAAAACACAUACAAACACACACGCAGCUACACGUACUACUACCCAGACUGUAUAAACACAUGCUGCUCCCACACUGUUACACACAUGCACUCACACACACACACAUAUGUUUAUUGCUGUCCAUGCAUACUGCUUCCCACACUGAAUAAAAUAUGCUUUGUGUUUGAUAUGGAAGAGGUGACUGCCAGACUUCACAAUAUUCUAUAGUUACAUAAUAGAGUCUUGUGCGCCUGGUAGGCUUUUAUUGUUGCUCAGACCAAGUCUUAGAUACUUGUGAGUGGAUCAUGCUAUAAUACGUUUUUUGUCCCUUUCUGAGCCAUGUUGUUAAGAAUUUAGCUCUUUUCAUUCUGUUCUGGUUCCUUGGUUUUUCCCUUCUGUUCUGCUUUCUUCCUCUCUUCUUCCUUCUGUAGACUGUAUUGAUCACCAAUCUUUGACCAUUAUUUUCUUUAUAACACUUUAGUAAAUAUUCAGUUGGAAAGAGAUAUUACUGGCUGAUAGCUAUUUCAGCAGCCAGCUGACAUUAAAGAUUACAAUGAUUAGUUAUCUAUAGAAAACAUGGGCUACUGUAUUAAAGCCAAAACGCAUACUAUUUGUCUGUUAAUCCGUCUGUCUGUAGUGUCUACGUUUCUUUCCAUGUAGUAUAAUGUAAUAUAAAAAUCAAAAAAACUUUAAAAGUGAUUUUUGUAAAUAUCUUUUAAUUUUUAAUUUUUUUUUAAAGGUUGCAAAACAUACAUUUUGGGAUUCUGUCAGGAUUGCUUUAAAAAUGAUUACUUAAUAUAAAUAUAAUAAUUGAUCUUGAUUUGAUCUUGACUUGAAGAAAAAACAAUGACGUUUGAAGGAUUUCUUUCUUGCAAAAUAUUGCAUGGCAUUUUAUCAACUGUGUUAUGUAGUCCUUAGUAUAAAGAACAUGUUAGAGUAUGUGUUUGUAGCAUUACCUUUUGGAUCAACAGCAAAAAACAAAUGUGAGGUAGGCUGAACUUGAUGGACGCAAGUCUCUUUUCAGCUAUGUAACUAUGUAACUAUGUAACCUCUUUCACUUUUCCCCAUUUUAUGAUUGUUAUUUUCCCCUCCAGCUUUAUGUUUGAAAUGUUGUUGUUUGUAAAAAUGGUGAAUGCUUUCCAGUAAAAAUUAUUUGAAAAGAAUAUGCAUUUGUAAUUAUUGUUAUCUUUAAAUUAGUUUAUUAUAUAUGUGGGUAAAAAGACAACAGGAGUGAGAACUUAUUCUUAUAAUUUUUUAUUGCAAUCUUUUUUUUAAUUUUAUUUUAUUGCUAUGUAGUAUUGACAGAAAUGGGGAGCAGGAAUCAUUUCCAAUCCAAAGGAGAUACAUCCAAAAAUUAAAAGACAAAGUCAGCGGGCAAUUAACAACCCGCUCACCCUUCCACCCUGACAAGAAUCUUGCACAUCCAGUCUGUAGCAUCUGUGACCAGCCUUCCAUUUGGAAAAAAAAAACAGCUUCAACCAACUGUGUUGGUUAAGGUAGCAGGCAAGUUAGUGAGGCAGUGCAAAACCACUUCAAUGAAAGCCAUUUGUAAAAAAUUAGCUACAGCACCAGCAGCUGGAGUAAUUUAUAUAUUUACUUAUUUAUUUAUAAAGAGGUGGGUAAACAAGGCGAUGACUAAUCCCAUACUGGCAUUACUGUGGUUCAACAUUUAUUUCACUAAUUGGAAUAUGGACUGCCAGUAGCUGCCCUAUUGUGGUCCCAUCCUUACUCCCCAGUGGAAUGUCAAUGCCAGCAUUGUGUUGAGAAGAUAUACUAUGGAUUUCCUCUGCUGUUCCAAAAUUCUUUCCAGCAUGUGCUGACAUCCUGUCAUAGGCAGUGGGUUGGAAGCCAUGUUUUCUCUCACCAUCACACUACAUUGGAUUUGACUGCAAGUCUGGUUAGCAGUAAAGUUGUACCUUCUUUACUACCACUACAGGUAAGGUCUGACCUUCUCUACUGCCGUCAAGGAAAGGAAGCAUCCUGACCAGUAGGAGCACUUCACAGAUCUAGGCAACCAGGCUGGUGAUUUUGUUAGCCUUCUGUUUUGAAAUGGCUAUGAAAUGAAAUACAACAAACUGUUUUAGAGUAGACUGAUGUGCACUUUCUUGGGUUGAUGAGGAGUCCAACCUGUCCGUGUCAAUGACUGGCACUAUCCUCAAGAUCCCCCUAGUUCUGCCUAAAGGUGGUAGGUGGUACUGCUGCUCCUGCCAUUUCUUUUUUUUAUGCUUUAAUUCUAGUGGUUUCUCCCUUUCUUAAUUUUGUGUUGAAAAAUGUGUUGCUACUUAGUGGAUCUACUACUAUAUAUAUAAUGUGUUUGAAAACGCUUCACACAGUGCUUUUAAUUUACAGUGCCUCAACAUUUGCACAGCACCAAUUAAAAAAAAAAGUUUGCAAACUGAUUCUUCAUAUUCAGUAAUACUGUACCCUUCCCUCAUCACUACUACUGUUUGUAAUUUGUAAAACAAAAACAGUGGCACAGAAGCACACUGCAAAUCAAAAAAAAAAAAAAAUCACAAAUCAGUAAAACAAUUCUAAUUCAGUGAACCAAAGUGGGAAUAAAUGGCACUGAUAGUAGAAAAUCAAGCAAGUGGGACAUUAUUUUAGAUUCAGUAGAUGAUGAGGGGUCCAACUGAUUCUAAAGCAGUUAGAGAUGAACUUUGACGAGGUAGAUAAGAUGCAGGAAGCAAGUGCACACUAUUUACCAGAGAAAAUACUGGACUGAGGACUGUGUGCCAUUCUUCAUUUCUAAUUAUUCUGGAUCAUCAUACUCAUUAAACUUGGAGAUUAAUUUUGGACCAAAUUACAAUUCCUAAGAGAUUGAUCAGCAGUGAUACAGUGUGUUUACCCAGGAUGUGCAUGCGUGGGAGUGGGAGAAUGAUAAAGCCAAUGUUAUUGAUUCUAGUGUGAGACUAGGUUUAGGUUUAUGUUGUAUUUGGCUAGCAGUUACUGACAGGAGCACUUAAAAACAACAACUUUUAGUUGCAGAUUUGAGAUUAGCAGGCAUGUUGUCAUUGAUCCUAGAGUGAGGCUAGUAUUCCAUUAUUUCAGUGCUCUUCAACCCUCUCCUCCAGGCACACCUAACAGUCUAGGACAGGGGUUCUCAACCCAGUCCUCAAGGACCCCCUACCAGUCGAGGAUUUAGGGAUUGCCCGGGUGUGUUUAAGGUUUUUUUUUUUCUGAACACCUUAGACACACUCGGGUAAUUCCUAAAUCCUGGCCUUGAGGAGUGCUGCAUUUUACAGUUCUUAAAAUAAUUUUUGGUCAGCUGUUUAGAGAAAAAAUGUAUUUUAGGCAGUGUGAUGUUCAGAAAAAAAACACAUUAUUUUGGCUAGCCUGUGUCAUUGACCCUAGUGUGAGACUAGGUUUAACAAUUUCUGCUGUAUCUAGCUAGCAGCUACUAACAGGUACUUGCAACAAUUUUGAGUAGAAGAUAGAAAAUUGGUUAUCAUUGUGUCAUUGAUCCAAGUAUGAGACUAGCCUAACAAUAUACAGUUGUUGUUUUUUCUGACUGUGUUCAGUCUACUGUGUGCUUUACAAGUGUUUGAUGUUAUAAAACACUGCACAGUGAUCAAACACAAUAAUAUUACAGCAGUAAAUCCACAAAGCAUUAACUAAUUAGAAACCCACCAUCAUCAUUGUCAUAUAGUACUUCCAAGCUGGAUUUAAGGAAGGGAAGAAUAAAGGAUCCUGUUCUCCAAACCAGCAAUAGUGCCAUGGCUUCUGACAGUAGGAACACAGUAGCUAUGAAGACUGUUGUCACUGCCUCAAUCACAGUCUCCACCAUUACUGCCACCACCAUCACUAUGAUCGUUGGCAAUUAGCAAGACUUUAAGUCUGAUUCACCACCCAGCAGACAACUAAAUGUUCUCACCCUUUUCAAGCUACAAUAUCUUCUGCUGCUGCAUCUACUGCCACUGCAGCUUCUAGCACAGCUAGUUUAAAAAUUACACUUUCUGUGUUCUACUAGGCAUGAUGAAAGCUUGCCAUUACCUGUAUUACCACUUAUUUCUUGGUUCCCCCAAAGAAGAAACUCAGAGAGAGCUCAUCAGCCACUCUUUAUUGAAUAGGAGAAGAAGAGUACCCAAGCAGUGCACACAAUUUCUGAUAAUGAUGGUGGUUGUUAGGACAACUAGUGAUAAUCAUAACACCCUUACCUCCACCACUUAAGACAUUUGUUUAAGUCUGUCCCACAAGGAAAUUGACUAUGUUAAAGAGUAAUGAUCUAUGUUAUAUCCAUGAUAUAGAGGGAUUAGAAGAGUAGAGUUUGGAAAGCAGAGGCAGAAGUCCACUAUUUUCUGCACCUACUGUGCACUUGCUACUAUGUCUGAGGUCAUCUCUAUCUGCCUUUUGCAGAUCUGUAUUUAAUGGAAACGAUUGGAGCAUCACUCAAUACUAGUGACAGGAAUAGCUUACUCAGUGAGAUUUAUUUUUAACACCACCACCUCAAAGAUGAAAAUCCAACCUAAUCUUUAUCAGCCACAAGGACAAGGUUUGAGGCUAAUAUAUUGUCCCAAACCAAAGUUUGGCAUUACUUUGAAAGCCUUCUAAAUGAGCAGAUUACAAAGUGCUAAUUGUACAGCAAGGUACUGAGUGUGGGUCAUCUGAACCAACAUAUCCAAAGAUACCACAAGUUUGUAUUACUGAAGAAGGAAGCAGAAAGAGAAAAAAGUAGUAGGCAGCAGGUUCACUGGUGCUAUAUCUGAAGCUGCACAACCAACUAGCACACAUGCAGCAUCUAGAGUGCAGGCUACACAAAGUUAUAAACCAUACUUGAGCUUAGUAGGAACAUUACUGAGCAUUUUCACUGUAUUGUGAGGACUAACCAACUCUUGAGGCAGUAGCAAGAGAAAAGAAGACUUCCCACCGUCUAUGACAAGAUGUCAGCAUAUUGAGCAACUCCACUCUAAGUAUGCUGGAAAGAAUUUUGGAACAGCAGAUGGUAAUCCAUAGCCUAGCUUCCCACUACUCCAUUGGCAUUUACUCCCCACUGGGUCAUGAGGAUUGGAUAAUAAUAGGGCAGCUGGUGUAAGCUAUCACUCCAUUUAGGGACUUACAGAAAUGCCAGUUUGGAACAGAUCAGCCCUUUGCUCUCAUAAAUAGGAUUAAUGCCUUCCUGGAAAAAAGGGAAUUGGAUCCUGGCAGCACACUCCAGACUGAUGUAGCAGCAGUGUUCAGGUAGUGAACAUUUGCAUGAAAAAAAACUAUGAAUUGUCCUUAUAGUAGCUUACUUGUGGGAUUCUAGGAUUAAGUGGAAAGUGGCAAUCUGAUUAUUAUUAUUUUAUUAUUUAUAUAUAGUGCCAGCAAAUUCCAUAGUGCUGUACAAUGGUUGGACUAACAAACACGUAAUUGUAACCAGACAAGUUGGACGCACAGGAACAGGGGGGUUGUGGACUCUGCUCAAUAAACUUACAUGCUAGAGGGUAUUGUGACACAGACGGUAAAGGGGUGGUCAGCUGCCCACUGUUUUUGUUUUUCCUUUAAUUUCUGGAUGUCUGCUAUUUUGAACUCAAAAUUUUCCCUUUUUUUUUUUUAUAAUACAAGGAAGCUAAAUUAAUACAAUCAAUCAUUAUAAAACUAUAAAGCUGAAGUGUGAAUAAAAAAAUAACGUUUUCACCCUGCACAUGUCUAAUAUUCAUUGUCGAGGAGCAUUUGAGGUAAAAAUGCUAUAUAUGCAGUAGUACAGAAAAAAUGGUCAUCAUCGGAAUUAUCACUGCCACCACUAUGACUGAUGACUCCCAUGAACCAGACACUUCUUAGUUCUCCCUCCUUUGCUUCUUGGGAGGUUAUAGUUACUUAAACCAUAAAUUGGACAAAAUAGGUGUGCAAAUAAUAGUGAUGAUUAGCAGAUGUAAACAAUCGGUGGAUACCCACUGAUAAGUCCAACGACCUUAUAUAUCAAAUGAUAUUGCAGCACUGCUAUUUACACUUACUUCUCAAACAAAGUAGGGGAAUGUAUGUAAAGAAAAAAAGAAAAAAAAUGCAAUAGUGCAAUAUUGCAACAAAAAUGUGCAUUUUAAAAGCAACACAAGUGAUUGAAACCUUAAAUUUACAAGAACCUUUUUGUGGUAUAUCCUCUAAACAUGAAGACUUUUGUGGACUUUUUAGGUGGUAGCCAGACCGUAUUCCUCUGAUCUUUAUAGAUUUCUGCCACAGAUUUGAUUGAGAGAGAAAGAAAUCAAGCAGGAAGAAUCUGGGUGCAGCUUGUUUGGCUGAAGUGUAAUGAAACACAAUAAAUUGGCUUUAGGUGUGUGUUUACCUUGUUUGGAGCCUUUUGAAACUGUCUCCAAAUCUACAGCUAUUGUGUCAACACUAUUGUGUGGGUUGACACUACCCUCUUGAACCAGAAUGGUGAAAAUAUAAUGCAAGGAGAAGAUAUAAGUUGAAGAAACAAAUUUAUUUAUUACACAGAUUUAGAAACAAUACUUAGACAGCUUAAUUAGAGUCCUCUUUCUUUGCCAAGAAGCGUUUCACCUUUUUAGGGCUUUCUCAAUUGGUGUAUUUGCACUUUCCAGGUUCCUUCAUUCAAAAUACACAAUAGAUCUGCCCCUUUUCCCCAUUGGUCCAAUCCAACUCCUCCUCUCGCAUGUGUGUUGAGUCAAAGAGUUUGGGAGGGAGGGGGUGACAGAGCAUAGGAGGGAGGAAGUGACAGGUGGCAGUAUGAGGAAUGAAGGGAUUAAUAUGUGGCAGAGUGAGGGGGUGACAGGUGGCAGAGUGAGGGAGGAGGUGACUAGUGGGAGAGUAAGGGAGGGAGGAGGUGACUAGUGGCAGAGUAAGGCACUUUGACACUCCAGAAAUUCUGUAAUUUCUGAACUUCGGGACCUUCGGCACUUCGGCUAUUCGGACAUUCAGAAGUACACGAAUGUCCGAAUUUCACGAAAUUCGUCUGAAUUCAUAUUCGGACUGAAAUGAAUUGCACAUGUCUAAUUUUAACUUGUUUCUUGGAAUAAACCCUCGGGAGCACAAGUGCACCAUAGUAUAAACCAUAUUCAUGCAUAUCUUCAUUUAUUCUGGUUCUUUAGACAAAGCAAUGCUGUUUUUAUCUGUUGGAUAUCGUGUUCUUGAUGCUGGAGGAGGAGUACAAUUUACACAACACACAUGGAAAUAAAGUUGUUUUUUUUUAACCCACUGGUUUAAAAUACAAUGUGUUAUUGUGUAGUUACAUUCAAAAUAACUGCCAGGCUGCAAAAGCUACAGGUUAUAAACGAGUCAACACAAUUGCAAUUUUACAUGGAAAACAUAAAACUAAUUUAUCAAAUUAAGUGUCUGAAAAAAACUUGUAGACAAAGGUAGUGAAAACAAAUUGCAAACAACCUUUGAAUUUGCCAAACUUCAGAUUUAUUUGAUAUAAAUUGUUUUGAGUAAUGUAUUUUUGUCUCAAUGCUCAUCCACUAAGCCCAUAUUUAGAUAAUGUUCUUUAUAACAUAGAAGCAUACAAACAUAACCUAUACUAAAAAUGGUGGAUGGCCUUUUGUAAGCAAAUGUGGUUCUCUGGGGAUUAAUCUGACAAAACCCUAACUGUUUCUUCUCCAAAACUUCAUCCAGAACUUAUAUUGGGUUUAUUGUGCUUUAUGUUAAUAAUCCUCUUUAAAAAACUAAAAGACCUUCCAUACUAAAAUGAUAUUAUGUCAAACCAUAUGACAUACAGUGGCAGCUUUUAUACAACCAUAAUCUGUUUUGUGAUGUCACAGCAAUUUAUUAAUUUAAUAGAUUUAUAGAAUCAUGAUUUUAUUUAUUUUAUAUAUAUAUAUAUAUAUAUAUAUACAUAUAUGUGUAUAUAAUUUGCAGAAUUUUUUGCAUAUCUAAUCAUUUAAGUAUUUUGUGAUGAUCAGUAGAGAAAAGCUUGAUUAAGGCCUUAAUUUAAUAUUUUUGAAUAAGCUUUUCAAAUGAAUUAAUAUAUUUGGAUACAUUUUUAAACUUAUUUUCUUCUAAAUAUUAAAAUAUAAAAAAUAUUGUUUUUUAAAUAUUUAAUUAUAUUUUUUAAAAAUAUCAAUAUAUCAAAAUAAUCAAAAUGUUAAAGUAUUCAUAAACAAGAUAAAAAAAUACAUAAAAAAAAUACAUAGGGGGGGCGGAGCCGACCGAGCUGGUGCAUGGCCGCGUUCUAAAUCAGCUCCGGCGGCACCAGACACACACCCAACCAGAUCGGGCCACAAAACGAAGGAUGGGUCACCCAAAACGAGCGGCAUCUUCCCAGCAAGCCUCCAGCAAAACCCCAUCAGGUAAAUCGAGCGCUUUUACUAAGUAUUUCCGCGACCGGGCGGAUAGUAAUGCGGGCGCACUAGGCCCCAAUAUGGCGGCAGACUCCUCACCUCUAUGUAUGUCCCCCUCCAGCCCAGCAGACUCGGAAAUUUCGGGCCCCCCGACGGACGGGGACCUGAAGGACAUCCUCAGAAAUCUGCCCUCCAAACAGGACAUUGCAGGCAUGCUGACCCAGCUAGAGGCCUCAGUCCAAGCCAAAAUGGAUGCAUUUAACUCUGAAAUUCGCCAAGUUGCUGACAGAGUGAGCACCCUGGAAGAUGACAGAGAUACUAUGCAUACACAGUUCAACUCCCUGCAGGCAGCAGUGGAACACCAGAACACCUACCUGUCCACGCUCCAUAGGUCCAUGGAUGAUCUAGACAACAGGGGGCGCCGCAACAAUCUAAGGAUCAGAGGUCUCCCAGAAAACGAACAAGAAGAUAUCUACCAGACGCUGAAUGAACUAUUCAACUUAAUUCUGGGUAAGCCAAGAGACCAUCACAUCCUACUAGAUAGAGCACACAGGGCACUGAAGCCCAGAGGUAUAGCGACUGACAAGCCUAGAGAUGUCAUUUGCAGGCUUCACUAUCACACAUGCAGGGAAGAUAUACUGCACACGCUGAAACAGACCUCACAACCUAUGCUAUUUCAUGAUGCCCCAAUAACCAUCUACCCCGACCUCUCAUGGCUGACACUACAAGCGAGACGGAUUUUGCGACCAAUUACAGACCAAUUAAGAUCCAGAAACCUAAGAUACAGGUGGGGAUUCCCACUGGCACUGAGUGUCACGUAUAAGGGCACUCAGCACACGAUACACUCCCAUGCGGACAUACCACUCUUUACACAAGCCCUCAACCUCACAGACCCACACAUCAUGGACUGGUACGGACCGCUGCAAACACCACUUCCACCUCAGCUACCGCAGAGACCCCGAUGGCAACAAACGCCCAAGAAGAAAAGAUCAGAUACCCAAGACCCGUCGCUACACUGAAAAGAUUCCAACCCUGCGCACACACUACGACCUGCUACCAGCCAAGGCUAUAUGAUCCACUAGCAGCUGCCACCUCCGGGACACCAGCUGCUAAGGGAAGCCCAACUCGAACAACCAAGGGACAUGCUGAGAUGACCAUCUCUAACACGCUGCCAGAGACUUGUUAA